AUCCUCUACCGAAACCAAGAGGUCAACGUCAAUGACCGCAUGCUCUUCAAGGUCCACCUGCUGCUGGACGGGGAGAGGGUGAGUCACACACACACACACACACACACACACACACACACACACACACACACACACACACACACACACACACACACACACACACACACACACACACAAGCUCAAUUUAACCACUUAAAAAGUUUAUUUCCCAAAUGCUAUAUCAACCAAUUUUUCACAUUUGUGUUUUUUCAUCAGAAAUGAUUGCUUAUUGGUACCUUCAUGUGUGUGUAAAAUAUUACUGUUCUCAGAUUUUUUAUUAAGCGAUUUUAGAUGUGUAUGAAAAUCUAUUGUUUAGCUGGAAUGGAAUGUUUGUAUAUAAGAUGAAUGCACUUACUGUAUUGACUGAAAUGUCAAAUGUAGAUGUUUUACAUACAGAUCUCAUAUUACUGUAUUGAAUAAAAACAAAAUAAAAAAUAAAUAUAUAUUGAUGUCACAAAUGUAUAAUUUGUACAGUUCUUUAUUAAAAAUUAGUUAUUUGUUACAUUUGAAUGUGUAAAACCUAGCAGUACUACUUAUUUCUCUGAGAUUGAGGCGGAUAUAUAAUAUUUAGCAAAAAUGAAAUGAAACCAUCAGGUGAUAGAUUUUAAACAAAUAUGUCUGUCAUUUAAUAACCCCAUGCCAUGAUUAGAAAGUGGAAAAAACUCAUCACUUUCAUAAUUUCUUUAAACAAAAGCUAAUUUACCAACAUUUCUGAAAAUGGAUAUAUAGCGUUUUGGAAUAAAACUCUUCACUUGUUGGAUCUGAAAGUGAUUUGCUUGUGGUGCAGACUGAGCAGUAUGGGUGAGACAGACUGAGGAAGCUUGUGGAGAUGCCAGACAGCUCUAUUGAUGAAGUGUCAUAUAGUUCCACCCUGAGCAUGACCCCCCAAAAAUCUAAUGUUUCUGCUUUUCUUGUGGAGUCAGACAGAGCCACAGGGUAAGAUUCAUCAGCUGUGACAGAGAGAGAGAGAGAGAGAGAGAGAGAGAGAGAGAGAGAGAGAGAGACAGAGAGAGAGAGACAGAGAGAGAGAGAGAGAGAGAGAGUUACAGGCUGAGGCCGGGUCAGGAGGUGGUAGAAACUAGUCACCCUUCUUAGAGCCAUCUCAUAUACCUUCACAUAAGUAUGAAACGUUACCUUGUUUCCUCUGUGAUGAGAUUACCUACCGACAGUCUAUUCUACUACCUAUAUACAGGUAUCUUACCUACAAUCUAACCUACAGAGUUAAACAUGAACCCUGGUUCAAUCAGCAUGUGACUGUCAGAUUGAUCUUCAGCUUGUUGGCUACAUGGCAGGUCAGCUCUCCUAAUUUAUUUAUUUAAAGUCGGCUACCUACCUGGCAAGUCUCCUAAAUUUAGAAUUUUUCAUUAAAUGUAUGACACAUUAUUUAUGUGAAGGUGAGAGAGAGAGAGAGAGAGAGAGAGAGGCUGUGGGCUGGAAGGGUAGAUCAGAUUUCAGCCAUCCCCUCUUCUUCCAGAGGUUAACUCCUUUUCUCUCUCUAUCUAUCCCCCUCUCUCUCUCCCCCUCUACCCCCCUCUCUCUCUCCCCUCUACCCCCUCUCUCUCCCCCUCUACCCCCUCUCUCUCUACACCUCUACCCCCUCUCCUCUACCCCUCUACCCCCCCUCUCUACCCCUCUACCUCCUCUCUCUAACCCCCCUCUCUCUCUCCCCCUCUACCCCCUCUCUCUCUACCCCUCUACCCCCUCUUCUCUACCCCCGCUACCCCCUCUCUCUCUCUACCCCCGCUCUCUCGAACCACCCCUCUACCCCCUCUCUCCUCUAACUACCCCCUCUCUCGCUUCCCUCCUACCCCCCUCCGCGCUCUACCCCCUUUUUACCCCUCUACAACCCCUCCCUCCCCCUCCUCCCAUCCCAUCCCUCCCUCCCUCCCAUUCCUCUCUUCGCCCCUCUCCCCCUCCCUCUCCCUCUCUCUCUCUCCCACCCUCUCUCCCUCUGAUAAGAAGGACAAAAAUAGAACUCCAUUUCCCCAGAGCGUGUGUUUAAUCAAUCAGAAUAUCAAUAGGAUUUGACAAUGCUGUUUGUUCUGCUACACAGAGCAUGGUGUGUAUGUGUGUGUGUGUUUGUGUGUGUGUGCAUGUUGUAGGGAGAUAAACAGGCAGAAGAUACAGUAGAGAAACUAAUGACAAAACUAUAGACACAUUAACAGUUGCUUAUGGUUUAAUGUCUCACAAUAAUGUUGUUACACUGUUAUGGAUGUUUUAUUACCCAACUGCAUUUUUUUCUUCUUUGCUGAUUUGUCCAAUUGUGGUUGAUCCAGUUUUGUUGAUGUUGUGACUGUGUUUCUGUUCUCACAGGUGGAAGAGGCUCUGAGUGAAGCAGAUUUUCAGUUGAAGCUGGACCUUCACUUCACAGACAACGAGGAACAGUACGUUACACACUCGGUUACAUAUUUUAUUUGACCUUUCUCCACAUCUCUAUGUCUCUCAUCCUAUCCCCCCUCCCUCCCAUCUCUCGCUCCCUCCCUCCUCAGUUUUGAGAGGUCCUCAGUUAGUAGUGCUGAGGUCCAGGUCCUAAUGAUGUCCUGCCAGUGAAAAGCCUCUGGCUGUAAUAGACUGACAGACUGCAUAGUCAGGAAAAAACACUAGUCAAUUUAAAACACUACUUUACCACGUCUCUGUGCGGACAUGUGUGUGCACAAAUGUUGUAUGAGUGUGUCUCUUUGUGUGUGUGCGUGUGUGCAUUUGUCUGUCUAUGUGUCUGUAAAGGAUGAGUUACUGUUGGAUCUGCAUAUUUGGAUCUGUCACUCCAAGUGUGACCUCUGGGUGUUUGUGCUGUUGCAGCUCAAUAGCUCAAUAGGUACUGUGGGCCACAGAUAGAUGGUUUGUAAUGUCUCCUGGAUGGCUCAUUAAACAUCCCAUUUGGAGCCCUUACAACUUCUCAGACUUUGCUACUAUUUGGAGUCACCCAGUGUUAGUGUGUGUAGAAUAUGACCAAUUCAAGUUUCAACUUUAUUGCCCCAGAGGGAAAUUAGCUUUUUUAAAUUUGCUAUUGUCCUAGCUGGAUAAUAACAGUUAAAUAACCCAUAACAUUAUGUCCUUUAAACGGGUAAUAGCUUGCAAUUUUGCGCGAUGCAUUUUAAACUGGCAUUGACUGUCCUUGGCACACUACAUUAACUGUAUGAUGCUGUAACUGUAUAAUGUUCUGACAUUACCUGUCUCUGUUGUUGUCCUCAGGCUGGGUUAGAUACUAACUGUGUUGUCUCUAGGUUAGGGGACAUCGUGACAGUCCCAGUGAUCAGCAGUAGAACCCUGGGUCUCCACUUCCACCCCAGGAGAGGUCUCCACCACCAUGUACCUGUGAUGUUUGACUACUUCCACCUGUCCGUCAUCUCUGUCUCCGUUCACGCAUCCUUGGUGGCCUUACAUCAACCACUCAUCAGGUAAUACUGUGUGUGUUUGUGUGUGUGUGUGCAUGUCUGUGCAAACAUGCAUGCGUGUGUGUGCACGUGUGUGUGUGUGCACGUGUGUGUGUGUGUGUGUGUGUGUACGUGUGUGUGUGUGUGUGUGACUCUGCUUAGCUACUUUACCACCAACAUGUCAAACUGAUGAUCACUACUUAGCUGUCACACCACGUAACUCCUCUCCUUAGAAUGGGUUUAGUUUGGCAACCUGCUCUGAGAGUGCAUCCACUGGCCUGCUACUUGAAUAAAUAGUUUUCCUAACACUUAGGUGAUAAAUCCAGCUGCCAAUAUCUUAACGUGAAUGUUCAGACACUAUUACCCUGAUUAACCAUUACUCUGAGCACUCUAUUGAUUACAUAAGGACUAACUGCUCUUCUCUCUCGCUCUCUUUCUGUCCCCCCCCUUGCUCUCUCUCCCCCCCCCUCUCUCCAUAGUUUUGCCCGUACAGGGAAGGGUUCCUGGUUGGGGAAGGGCUCUCCAGAGAACGGUACUGACCCAUCAGCCAUGGGGGUGUCCAUGGAGAACCUGAUGUUCGGGGCUGGAUACUGCAAACCUGUCUUCACAGAGGUACAGUUAAAAUCAAGUACAUUGUAAGUGCAUGAUUACAAGGUUGUCUCAAUACACUUACAGAGGACAUUAAUUAAUUAACACAAACAAGCCUAGUCCUUGACAUUAAAGGAUUCUAAAAGGGCAAUCUGAAUCUGGGAAAGCGGCUCACAUAGUUCACACACAAAAUGACAGAACCAGGAGACAGAACAUCUUAAUCAAAGCUCUCUCUCUCUCUCUCUCUCUCUCUCUCUCUCUCUCUCUCGAUCUCCUCGUCUCUCUCUCUCUCUCUACUUACUCUCUCUCUCUCCUCUCUCUCUCUCUCUCUCUCUCUCUCUCUCUUCUCUCUCUCUAUCAAUUCAAUUCAAUUCAUCAAAUUCAAUAGGAAUUUAUUGACAUGGCAAGUAAAAGUAAAAUUACUUACAUUGUCAAAAGUAUUUUAGAAAUAUAAAAAAAAUGGUAUGUGGUGGGAGGGAACAACAGCAGCAAUAAUAAUAGUAGUAGUUGGAAAGGGAAAUGAAAUUACCAUUAACAGCAAAAUACAACAAAAUAUAAUGAGAAUAACAAUACAUUAAAGCAAUAGUAGUCGACCAAUCUCAACAUGACUGAGAAGACACAUUACAUGCUAUGAAAGCCAAAACAAAACAGGAAAUAUUAUUGACAUUAUAUUACACUUUUCACUGGCUGUCCCUCAGGUUGUGGCAGGAGGACACAUAUUUGGCUGCAAAAUUGCACAUUUUGGCUUUUCACCCAAUAAAUAUUAGAUUUUUUCUUCCUCUUUUAUAGUUUCAAAUUCUUUGUACUGAAUGAUAAUUUUGGGAAAGAAAGAUUCUCUUAGGUCUGAGUAUUUGUCACAGUGUAAUAGGAAAUGCAGCUCUGUCUCUACCUCUCCCCGGGGGCAGAGUGAGCACAGCCUGUCCUCUCUGGGCAGCCAGGUUUGCCUGUGACGACCGGUCUCUAUAGCCAGACUGUGCUCACUGAGUAUGUACCUAGUCAGUGUUUUUCUCAGUUUUCUAUCAGUCACAGUGGUCAGAUAGUCUGCCACCAUGUACUGUCUGUUUAUAGCCAACUAGCAUUGAAGUUUACUUUAGAUUUUUUGUGGUGUCUUUCCAAUAGGUGAUAUAUUUUUCUUUUUGCUUUGUGAUGAUUUGGUUGGGCCAGAUUUUCUGAGUGCUGUCCUGAGGCUCUAUGAGGUUGGUUUUGGUUAGUGAACUGAGCCUCAGAACCAGCUGGCUGAGGGGACUCUUCUCUUGUUUCAUCUCUUGACAUAGUAGAGCUGUGUGAUGGAAUGUUUUGGGGUCACUUGUUUUUAGAUGGUUGUAAAAUUUGAUGGCUCUUUUUUUCUAUUCGAAUAAGGAGGGGGUAUUGGCCCAAUUCUGCUCUACAUGCGUUAUUUUGAGUUUUUCUUUGCACUUGCAAUACAGUCUUGCAAAACUCUGCAUGCAGUAUUUCGAUUGGAUGUUUGUCCCAUUUGGUAAAUUCAGUAUUAGAGAGCGGACCCCAUACUUCGCUGCCAUAUAGAGCAAUUGGUUCUAUAACUGAUUGGAACAUUUUGAGCCAGAUUCUAAUUGGAAUUUCGAUUUUAAUAUUUCUUUUAAUGGCAUAGAAUGCUCUUCUUGCUUUGUCUCUCAGCUCAUUCACAGCCAUGUGAAAGCUACCUGUGUUGCUGAUAUUUAGUCCUAGAUAUGUGUAAUUUUUGGUGUGUUCUAAUAGAACUGUGUCCAAAUAGAAUUUAUAUUUGUCAUCCUGAUUUCCGGGCCUUUUUUGGAAUAUCAUUAUAUUCGUUUUUUUUAGAUUAACGGUCAGGGCCCAGGUCUGACAGAAUUUGUGCAGAUGAUCUAGAUGCUGCUGUAACCCCUCCUUAGUGGGAGACAGUAGCACCAGGUCAUCUGCGUACAGCAGACCCUUGAUUUCAGUGUUGUGUAGGGUGAGACCAGGUGCUGCCGAUUUCUUCUAAUGUUUUUGCCAAUUCGUUAAUGUAGAUGUUAAAUAGUGUUGGACUUAUUGGGCAGCCCUGUUUCACUCCACGUCCCUGAGGAGAAGAAGGUCCUGUUUGUCUUGUUGCCGAUUUUUAAUCGCACAUUUGGUUUUAGUGCACAUUGAUUUAAUAACAUCAUAUGUUUUCCCUGCCAUACCACUUUCAUUGUGGAACAUCACCUCUGCACCAUGUUUCCUGCUAGUUACUACAAUAAUCAAAUCAUCAAAGUUCUUUAAGGAAGUCUGGGUGGUUCGGAAUGCCUGACAUUUAGCCCGUCUAGUCGAGAGAAGGAGAGAGAGCAGAAGAGAAAGAGAGCAGAGAGGAUGAGGAGAAGAGAGGGAGGGAGAGAGAGGAGAGAGAGAGAGAGAGAGAGCAGAAGAGAGAGAAGAGAGAGAGAGAGAGAGAGAGAGAGAGAAGAGAGCGAGAAAGAGAGAGAGAGGCUAUAUCUGUAUUAGCUAUCUAGCUAUUAUGUAUCUAUAUCCAUCUCAUUACUCUGUCUAUCUUAUCUCUCGUUAUCUCUCUUUCUCUAUUUAUCUCUUGUAUAUUCAUUUAUCUGUAUCUUUUCUAUCUUUCUCUCUCUCGCUCUCUUGCUAUCAGUCCCUCUUCUCUUCUUUCUCUCUCUCUUUCUUUAUCUUCUCUCCUCUUCUCUCUCUCUCUCUCUCUCUCUCUCUCUCUCUCUCUCUCUCUCAAUUUCAAUUUAUGGGGCUUUAUUGGCAUGGGCAACAUUUGUUUACAUUGCCAAAGCAAGUGAAAUAGAUAAUAAACAAAAGUGAAAUAAACAGUAAACAUUACACUCACAAAAGUUCAAAAAUAAUAAAGACAUUUCAAAUGUCAUAUUAUGUAUAUAUACAGUGUUAUAAUGAUGUGCAAAUAGUUAAAGUACAAAAAGGAAAAUAAAUAAACCAUUCAAAAAGAUAUAGGUUGUAUUUACAAUGGUGUUUGUACUUCACUGGUUGCCCUUUUCUUGUGGCAACAGGUCACAAAUAUUGCUGCUGUGAUUGCACACUGUGGUAUUUCACCCAAUAGAUAUGGGAGUUUAUCCAAAAUGGAUUUGUUUUCGAAUUCUUUGUGGUUCUGUGUAAUCUGAGGGAAGUAUGUGUCUCUAAUAUGGUCAUACAUUUGGGAAGUGCAGCUCAGUUUUCACCUCAUUUUGUGGGCAGUAUGCACAUAGCCUGUCUUCUCUUGAGAGCCAGGUCUGCCUACGGCGGCCUUUCUCAAUAGCAAGGCUAUGCUCACUGAGUCUGUACAUAGUCAAAGAUUUCCUUAAUUCUGGGUCAGUCACAGUGGUCAGGUAUUCUGCCACUGUGUACUCUCUGUUUAGGGCCAAAUAGCAUUCUAGUUUGCUCUGUUUCUUUGUAAAUUCUUUCCAAUGUGUUAAGUAAUUAUCUUUUUGUUUUCUCAUGAUUUGGUUGGGUCUAAUUGUGUUGCUGUCCUGGGGCUCUGUGUGGUCUGUUUGUGUUUGUGAACAGAGCCCCAGGACCAGCUUGCUUAGGGGACUCUUCUCCAGGUUAAUCUCUCUGUAGGUGAUGGCUUUGUUAUGGAAGAUUAGGGAAUCGCUUCCUUUUAGGUGGUUGUAGAAUUUAACGGCUCUUUUCUGGAUUUUGAUAAUUAGCGGGUAUCAGCCUAAUUCUGCUCUGCAUGCAUUAUUUGGUGUUUUACGUUGUACACUGAGGAUAUUCUUGCAGAAUUCUGCAUGCAGAGUCUCAAUUUGGUGUUUGUCCCAUUUUGUGAAUUAUUGGUUGGUGAGCGGAUCCCAGACCUCACAACCAUAAAGGGCAAUGGGUUCUAUAACUGAUUCAAGUAUUUUUAGCCAGAUCCUAAUUGGUAUGUCGAAUUUUAUGUUCCUUUUGAUGGCAUAGAAGGCCCUUCUUGCCAUGUCUCUCAGAUCAUUCACAGCUUUGUGGAAGUUACCUGUGGCGCUGAUGUUUAGGCCGAGGUAUGUAUAGUUGUUUGUGUGCUCUAGGGCAACAGUGUCUAGAUGGAAUUUGUAUUUGUGGUCCUGGCAACUGGACCUUUUUUGGAACACCAUUAUUUUUGUCUUACUGAGAUUUACUCUCAGGGCCCAGGUCUGACAGAAUCUGUGCAGAAGAUCUAGGUGCUGCUGUAGGCCCUCCUUGGUUUUUUUAUUUUUAUUUUUUAUUUCACCUUUAUUUAACCAGGUAAGCCAGUUGAGAACAAGUUCUCAUUUACAACUGCGACCUGGCCAAGAUAAAGCAAAGCAGUGCGAUAAAAAACAACAACACAGAGUUACAUAUGGGGUAAAACGAAACAUAAAGUCAAAAAUACAACAGAAAAUAUAUAUACAGUGUGUUCAAAUGUAGCAAGUUAUGGAGGUAAGGCAAUAAAUAGGCCAUAGUACAAAAUAAUUACAAUUAGUAUUAACACUGGAAUGAUAGAUGUGCAAGAGAUGAUGUGCAAAUAGAGAUACUGGGGUGCAAAUGAGCAAAAUAAAUAACAAUAUGGGGAUGAGGAAGUUGGGUGGGCUAAUUUCAGAUGGGCUGUGUACAGGUGCAGUGAUCGGUAAGGUGCUCUGACAACUGAUGCUUAAAGUUAGUGAGGGAGAUAAGAGUCUCCAGCUUCAGAGAUUUUUGCAAUUCGUUCCAGUCAUUGGCAGCAGAGAACUGGAAGGAAUGGCGGCCAAAGGAGGUGUUGGCUUUGGGGAUGACCAGUGAGAUAUACCUGCUGUUGGGGACAGAAGCACCAGAUCAUCAGCAAACAGUAGACAUUUGUCUUCAGAUUCUAGUAGGGUGAGGCCGGGUGCUGUAGACUGUUUUAGUGCCCUCACCAAUUCGUUGAUAUAUAUGUUGAAGAGGGUGGGGCUUAAGCUGCAUCCCUGUCUCACCCCACGGCCCUGUGGAAAGAAAUGUGUGUGUUUUUUACCCAUUUUUACAGCACACUUGUUGUUUGUGUACAUGGAUUUUAUAAUGUCAUAUGUUUUUCUCCCAACACCACUUUCCAUGAAUUUGUAUCAUGCCAAAUUCACUUAAAAGCUUUUUUGAAAUCAACAAAGCAUGAGAAGACUUUGCCUUUGUUUUGGUUUGUUUGUUUGUCAAUUAGGGUGUGCAGGGUGAACACAUGGUCUGUCGUACGGUAAUUUGGUAAAAAGCCAAUUUGACAUUAGCUCAGUACAUUGUUUUCACUGAGAAAAUGUACGAGUAUGCUGUUAAUGAUAAUGCAGAGGAUUUCCCCAAGGUUGCUGUUGGAGUCAAAUUUGUCUCCACUUUUGUAGAUUGGGAUGAUCAGUCCUUGGUUCCAAAUAUUGGGUAAGAUGCCAGAGCUAAGGAUGAUGUUGAAGAGUUUAAGUAUAGCCAAUUGGAAUUUGUGGUCUGUAUAUUUUAUCAUUUCAUUGAGGAUACCAUGAACACCACAGGCCUUUUUGGGUUGAAGGGUUUGUAUUUUGUCCUGUAGUUCAUUCAGUGUAAUUGGAGAAUCCAGUGGGUUCUGGUAGUCUUUAAUAGUUGAUUCUAAGAUUUGUAUUUGAUCAUGUAUAUGUUUUUGCUGUUUGUUCUUUGUUUUAGGGCCAAAAAGAUUGGAGAAGUGGUUCAUCCAUACAUCUCCGUUUUGGAUAGAUAACUCUUCUUGUUUGUUUAGUGUUUUCCAAUUUUCCCAUAAGUGGUUAGAGUCUAUGGAUUCUUCAUUUACAUUGAGCUGAUAUCUGAUGUGCUCGGGAGCGUAUUUCUGUAUUGUUUUAGUGAUUCACUAUAGUGAAGGCGUAGGCUCAGGUUUUCUGGGUCUCUAUGUUUUUGGUUGGAUAGGUUUCUCAAUUUCUUUCUUAGGUUUUUGCAUUCUUCAUCAAACCAUUUGUCAUUGUUGUUAAUUUUCUUCGGUUUUCAGUUUGACAUUUUUUGAUUUGAUAGGGAAGCUGAGAGGUCAAAUAUAUUGUUUGGAUUUUCUACUGCCAAGUUUACACCUUCACUAGUACAGUGAAACGUUUUGUCCAGGAAAUUGUCUAGAAGUUUGUUGUCGCCUAAUAGUUUUUUUGGUAGAUUUCAACACUACUUUCCUUCCAUCUAUAGCAUUUCUUUAUAUUAUUCAGUUCCUUUGGCUUUGAUGCCUCAUGAUUGAGCAUAGCUCUGUUCAAGUAGAGUGUGAUUUUGCUGUGAUCUGAUAGGGGUGUCAGUGGACUGACUGUGAACUCUUUAAGACACUCUGGGUUGAGGUCAGUGAUAAAGUUGUCUACAGUACUACUGCCAAGACUUGAGCUAUAUGUGUACCUACCGUAGGAAUCCCCUCGAAGCCUACCAUUGACUAUGUACAUGCCCAGCGUCCGAAAGAGCAGCAUGGGUUGGGACCCGUUUUUGUUGGUUAUGUUGUCGUAGUUGUGUCUAGGGGGGCAUAUGGGGGAGGGAAUGCCGUCAACUCCAGCUAGGUGUAUUUUUAUUUUUUUAUUUUUAUUUUUUUUAGGGGGUAGAUCAGCUUUAAUAUUUCAGAUAGAAUGUAACUUCCAUCAAUGUAAUUGUCUGCAUAACUUCCAAUCCCACAUAUGUUUUUUUUCUCGCAAAUAUAUAUAUAUAUAUACAGUGGGGAAAAAAAGUAUUUAGUCAGCCACCAAUUGUGCAAGUUCUCCAACUUAAAAAGAUGAUAGAGGCCUGUAAAUUUCAUCAUAGGUACACGUCAACUAUGACAGACAAAAUGAGGAAAGAAAAUCCAGAAAAUCACAUUGUAGGAUUUUUAAUGAAUUUAUUUGCAAAUGAUGGUGGAAAAUAACAAAAGUUUCUCAAUACUUUGUUAAAUACCCUUUGUUGGCAAUGACACAGGUCAAACGUUUUCUGUAAGUCUUCACAAGGUUUUCAGACACUGUUGCUGGUAUUUUGGCCCAUUCCUCCAUGCAGAUCUCCUCUAGAGCAGUGAUGUUUUGGGGCUAUCGCUGGGCAACACAGACUUUCAACUCCCUCCAAAGAUUUUCUAUGGGGUUGAGAUCUGGAGACUGGCUAGGCCACUCCAGGACCUUGAAAUGCUUCUUACGAAGCCACUCCUUCGUUGCCCGGGCGGUGUGUUUGGGAUCAUUGUCAUGCUGAAAGACCCAGCCACGUUUCAUCUUCAAUGCCCUUGCUGAUGGAAGGAGGUUUUCAUUCAAAAUCUCACGAUACAUGGCCCCAUUCAUUCUUUCCUUUACACGGAUCAGUCGUCCUGGUCCCUUUGCAGAAAAACAGCCCCAAAGCAUGAUGUUUCCACCCCCAUGCUUCACAGUAGGUAUGGUGUUCUUUGGAUGCAACUCAGCAUUCUUUGUCCUCCAAACACGACGAGUUGAGUUUUUACCAAAAAGUUCUAUUUUGGUUUCAUCUGACCAUAUGACAUUCUCCCAAUCCUCUUCUGGAUCAUCCAAAUGCACUCUAGCAAACUUCAGACGGGCCUGGACAUGUACUAGCUUAAGCAGGGGGACACGUCUGGCACUGCAGGAUUUGAGUCCCUGGUGGCGUAGUGUGUUACUGAUGGUAGGCUUUGUUACUUUGGUCCCAGCUCUCUGCAGGUCAUUCACUAGGACCCCCGUGUGGUUCUGGGAUUUUUGCUCACCGUUCUUGUGAUCAUUUUGACCCCACAGGGUGAGAUCUUGCGUGGAGCCCUAGAUCGAGGGAGAUUAUCAGUGGUCUUGUAUGUCUUCCAUUUCCUAAUAAUUGCUCCCACAGUUGAUUUAUUCAAACCAAGCUGCUUACCUAUUGCAGAUUCAGUCUUCCCAGCCUGGUGCAGGUCUACAAUUUUGUUUCUGGUGUCCUUUGACAGCUCUUUGGUCUUGGCCAUAGUGGAGUUUGGAGUGUGACUGUUUGAGGUUGUGGACAGGUGUCUUUUAUACUGAUAACAAGUUCAAACAGGUGCCAUUAAUACAGGUAACGAGUGGAGGACAGAGGAGCCUCUUAAAGAAGAAUUUACAGGUCUGUGAGAGCCAGAAAUCUUGCUUGUUUGUAGGUGACCAAAUACUUAUUUUCCACCAUAAUUUCAAAUAAAUUCAUAAAAAAUCCUACAAUGUGAUUUUCUGGAUUUUUUUCUCUCAAUUUGUCUGUCAUAGUUGACGUGUACCUAUGAUGAAAAUUACAGGCCUCUCUCAUCUUUUUAAGUGGGAGAACUUGCACAAUUGGUAGCUGACCGAAUACUUUUUUCCCCCACUGUAUACAUACAGUGGGGAGAACAAGUAUUUGAUACACUGCCGAUUUUGCAGGUUUUCCUACUUACAAAGCCUGUAGAGGUCUGUAAUUUUUUAUCAGAGGUACACUUCAACUGUGAGAGACGGAAUCUAAAACAAAAAUCCAGAAUAUCACAUUGUAUGACUUUUAAGUAAUUAAUUUGCAUUUUAUUGCAUGACGUAAGUAUUUGAUCACCUACCAACCAGUAAGAAUUCCGGCUCUCACAGACCUGUUAGUUUUUCUUUAAGAAGCCCUCCUGUUCUCCACUCAUUACCUGUAUUAACUGCACCUGUUUGAACUCGUUACCUGUAUAAAAGACACCUGUCCACACACUCAAUCAAACAGACUCCAUCCUCUCCACAAUGGCCAAGACCAGAGAGCUGGGUAAGGACAUCAGGGAUAAAAUUAUAGACCUGCACAAGGCUGGGAUGGGCUACAGGACAAUAGGCAAGCAGCUUGGUGAGAAGGCAACAACUGUUGGCGCAAAUAUUAGAAAAUGGAAGAAGUUCAAGAUGACGGUCAAUCACCCUCGGUCUGGGGCUCCAUGCAAGAUCUCACCUCGUGGGGCAUCAAUGAUCAUGAGGAAGGUGAGGGAUAAGCCCAGAACUACACGGCAGGACCUGGUCAAUGACCUGAAGAGAGCUGGGACCACAGUCUCAAAGAAAACCAAUAGUAACACACUACGCCGCCAUGGAUUAAAAUCCUGCAGCGCACGCAAGGUCCCCCUGCUCAAUGCAGCACAUGUCCAGGCCCGUCUGAAGUUUGCCAAUGACCAUCUGGAUGAUCCAGAGGAGGAAUGGGAGAAGGUCAUGUGGUCUGAUGAGACAAAAAUAGAGCUUUUUGGUCUAAACUCCACUCGCCAUGUUUGGAGGAAGAAGAAGGAUGAGUACAACCCCAAGAACACCAUCCCAACCGUGAAGCAUGGAGGUGGAAACAUCAUUCUUUGGGGAUGCUUUUCUGCAAAGGGGAAAGAAUGACUGCACCGUAUUGAGGGGAGGAUGGAUGGGGCCAUGUAUCGCAAGAUCUUGGCCAAUAACCUCCUUCCCUCAGUAAGAGCAUUGAAGAUGGGUCGUGGCUGGGUCUUCCAGCAUGACAACGACCCGAAACACACAGCCAGGGCAACUAAGGAGUGGCUCCGUAAGAAGCAUCUCAAGGUCCUGGAGUGGCCUAGCCAGUCUCCAGACCUGAACCCAAUAGAACAUCUUUGAGGGAGCUGAAAGUCCGUAUUGCCCAGCGACAGCCCCGAAACCUGAAGGAUCUGGAGAAGGUCUGUAUGGAGGAGUGGGCCAAAAUCCCUGCUGCAGUGUGUGCAAACCUGGUCAAGACCUACAGGAAAAGUAUUAUCUCUGUAAUUGCAAACAAAGGUUUCUGUACCAAAUAUUAAGUUCUGCUUUUCUGAUGUGUCAAAUACUUAUGUCAUGCAAUAAAAUGCAAAUUAAUUACUUAAAAAUCAUACAAUGUGAUUUUCUGGAUUUUUGUUUUAGAUUCUGUCUCUCACAGUUGAAGUGUACCUAUGAUAAAAAUUACAUACCUCUACAUGCUUUGUAAGUAGGAAAACCUGCAAAAUCGGCAGUGUAUCAAAUACUUGUUCUCCCCACUGUAUAUACAGUGAGGGAAAAAAGUAUUUGAUCCCCUGCUGAUUUUGUACGUUUGCCCACUGACAAAGAAAUGAUCAGUCUAUAAUUUUAAUGGUAGGUUUAUUUGAACAGUGAGAGACAGAAUAACAACAAAAAAAUCCAGAAAAACGCAUGUCAAAAAUGUUAUAAAUUGAUUUGCCAUUUAAUGUGGGAAAUAAGUAUUUGACCCCUCUGCAAAACAUGACUUAAUACUUGGUGGCAAAACACUUGUUGUCAAUCACAGAGGUCAGACGUUUCUUGUAGUUGGCCACCAGGUUUGCACACAUCACAGGAGGGAUUUUGUCCCACUCCUCUUUGCAGAUCUUCUCCAAGUCAUUAAGGUUUUGAGGCUUAUGUUUGGCAACUCGAACCUUCAGCUCCCUCCACAGAUUUUCUAUGGGAUUAAGGUCUGGAGACUGGCUAGGCCACUCCAGGACCUUAAUGUGCUUCUUCUUGAGCCACUCCUUUGUUGCCUUGGCCGUGUGUUUUGGGUCAUUGUCAUGCUGGAAUACCCAUCCACGACCCAUUUUCAAUGCCCUGGCUGAGGGAAGGAGGUUCUCACCCAAGAUUUGAUGGUACAUGGCCCCGUCCAUCGUCCCUUUGAUGCGAUGAAGUUGUCCUGUCUCCUUAGCAGAAAAACACUCCCAAAGCAUAAUGUUUCCACCUCCAUGUUUGACGGUGGGGAUGGUGUUCUUGGGGUCAUAGGCCGCAUUCCUCCUCCUCCAAACACGGCGAGUUGAGUUGAUGCCAAAGAGCUCCAUUUUGGUCUCAUCUGACCACAACACUUUCACCCAGUUCUCCUCUGAAUCAUUCAGAUGUUCAUUGGCAAACUUCAGACGGGCAUGUAAUGUGCUUUCUUGAGCAGGGGACCUUGCGGGCGCUGCAAGAUUUCAGUCCUUCACGGCGUAGUGUGUUACCAAUUGUUUUAUUUUUCCCUCACUGUAUAUAUACAUAUAUACAUAUACAGUGGGGAAAAAAAGUAUUUAGUCAGCCACCAAUUGUGCAAGUUCUCCCACUUAAAAAGAUGAGAGAGGCCUGUAAUUUUCAUCAUAGGUACACGUCAACUAUGACAGACAAAUUGAGAGAAAAAAAUCCAGAAAAUCACAUUGUAGGAUUUUUUAUGAAUUUAUUUGAAAUUAUGGUGGAAAAUAAGUAUUUGGUCACCUACAAACAAGCAAGAUUUCUGGCUCUCACAGACCUGUAACUUCUUUUUUAAGAGGCUCCUCUGUCCUCCAAUCGUUACCUGUAUUAAUGGCACCUGUUUGAACUUGUUAUCAGUAUAAAAGACACCUGUCCACAACCUCAAACAGUCACACUCCAAACUCCACUAUGGCCAAGACGAAAGAGCUGUCAAAGGACACCAGCAACUAAAUUGUAGACCUGCACCAGGCUGGGAAGACUGAAUCUGCAAUAGGUAAGCAGCUUGGUUUGAAGAAAUAAACUGUGGGAGCAAUUAUUAGGAAAUGGAAGACAUACAAGACCACUGAUAAUCUCCCUCGAUCUGGGGCUCCACGCAAGAUCUCACCCCGUGGGGUCAAAAUGAUCACAAGAACGGUGAGCAAAAAUCCCAGAACCACACGGGGGGACCUAGUGAAUGACCUGCAGAGAGCUGGGACCAAAGUAACAAAGCCUACCAUCAGUAACACACUACGCCGCCAGGGACUCAAAUCAUGCAGUGCCAGACGUGUUCCCCUGCUUAAGCCAGUACAUGUCCAGGCCCGUCUGAAGUUUGCUAGAGUGCAUUUGGAUGAUCCAAAAGAGGAUUGGGAGAAUGUCAUAUGGUCAGAUGAAACCAAAAUAUAACUUUUUGGUAAAAACCCAACUCGUCGUGUUUGGAGGGCAAAGAAUGCUGAGUUGCAUCCAAAGAACACCAUACCUACUGUGAAGCAUGGGGGUGGAAACAUCAUGCUUUGGGACUGUUUUUCUGCAAAGGGACCAGGACGACUGAUCCGUGUAAAGGAAAGAAUGAAUGGGGCCAUGUAUCGUGAGAUUUUGAGUGAAAACCUCCUUCCAUCAGCAAGGUCAUUGAAGAUGAAAUGUGGCUGGGUCUUUCAGCAUGACAAUGAUCCCAAACACACCGCCCGGGCAACGAAGGAGUGGCUUCGUAAGAAGCAUUUCAAGGUCCUGGAGUGGCCUAGCCAGUCUCCAGAUCUCAACCCCAUAGAAAAUCAUUGGAGGGAGUUGAAAGUCCGUGUUGCCCAGCGACAGCCCCAAAACAUCACUGCUCUAGAGGAAAUCUGCAUGGAGGAAUGGGCCAUAAUAAUAAUAAUAAUAAUAUAAUAAUAUGCCAUUUAGCAGACGCUUUUAUCCAAAGCGACUUACAGUCAUGCGUGCAUACAUUUUUUUUGUGUAUGGGUGGUCCCGGGGAUCGAACCCACAACUACCAGCAACAGUGUGUGAAAACCUUGUGAAGACUUACAGAAAACGUUUGACCUGUGUCAUUGCCAACAAAGGGUAUAUAACAAAGUAUUGAGAAACUUUUGUUAUUGACCAAAUACUUAUUUUCCACCAUAAUUUGCAAAUAAAUUCAUAAAAAAUCCUACAAUGUGAUUUUCUGGAUUUUUUUCCCUCAUUUUGUCUGUCAUAGUUGACGUGUACCUAUGAUGAAAAUUACAGGCCUCUCUCAUCUUUUUAAGUGGGAGAACUUGCAGAAUUGGUGGCUGACUAAAUACUUUUUUUCCCCACUGUACAUAUACACAUACCUACACACACAUACACACACAUAUACAGUGGGGGAAAAAAGUAUUUAGUCAGCCACCAAUUGUGCAAGUUCUGCCACUUAAAAAGAUGAGAGAGGCCUGUAAUUUUCAUCAUAGGUACACGUCAACUAUGACAGACAAAUUGAGGAAAUAAAAUCCAGAAGAUCACAUUGUAGGAUUUUUAAUGAAUUUAUUUGCAAAUUAUGGUGGAAAAUAAGUAUUUGGUCAAUAACAAAAGUUUCUCAAUACUUUGUUAUAUACCCUUUGUUGGCAAUGACACAGGUCAACGUUUUCUGUAAGUCUUCACAAGGUUUUCACACACUGUUGCUGGUAUUUUGGCCCAUUCCUCCAUGCAGAUCUCCUCUAGAGCAGUGAUGUUUUGGGGCUGUCGCUGGGCAACACGGACUUUCAACUCCCUCCAAAGAUUUUCUAUGGGGUUGAGAUCUGGAGACUGGCUAGGCCACUCCAGGACCUUGAAAUGCUUCUUACGAAGCCACUCCUUCGUUGCCCAGGCGGUGUGUUUGGGAUCAUUGUCAUGCUGAAAGACCCAGCCACGUUUCAUCUUCAAUGCCCUUGCUGAUGGAAGGAGGUUUUCACUCAAAAUCUCACGAUACAUGGCCCCAUUCAUUCUUUCCUUUACACGGAUCAGUCGUCCUGGUCCCUUUGCAGAAAAACAGCCCCAAAGCAUGAUGUUUCCACCCCCAUGCUUCACAGUAGGUAUGGUGUUCUUUGGAUGCAACUCAUCAUUCUUUGUCCUCCAAACACGACGAGUUGAGUUUUUACCAAAAAGUUCUAUUUUGGUUUCAUCUGACCAUAUGACAUUCUCCCAAUCCUCUUCUGGAUCAUCCAAAUGCACUCUAGCAAACUUCAGACGGGCCUGGACAUGUACUGGCUUAAGCAGGGGGACACGUCUGGCACUGCAGGAUUUGAGUCCCUGGCGGCGUAGUGUGUUACUGAUGGUAGGCUUUGUUACUUUGGUCCCAGCUCUCUGCAGGUCAUUCACUAGGUCCCCCCGUGUGGUUCUGGGAUUUUUGCUCACCGUUCUUGUGAUCAUUUUGACCCCACGGGGUGAGAUCUUGCAUGGAGCCCCAGAUCGAGGGAGAUUAUCAGUGGUCUUGUAUGUCUUCCAUUUCCUAAUAAUUGCUCCCACAGUUGAUUUCUUCAAACCAAGUUGCUUACCUAUUUCAGAUUCAGUCUUCCCAGCCUGGUGCAGGUCUACAAUUUAGUUUCUGGUGUCCUUUGACAGCUCUUUGGUCUUGGCAAUAGUGGAAUUUGGAGUAUGACUGUUUGAGGUUGUGGACAGGUGUCUUUUAUACUGAUAACAAGUUCAAACAGGUGCCAUUAAUACAGGUAACGAGUGGAGGACAGAGGAGCCUCUUAAAAAAGAAGUUACAGGUCUGUGAGAGCCAGAAAUCUUGCUUGUUUGUAGGUGACCAAAUACUUGUUUUCCACCAUAAUUUGCAAAUAAAUUCAUAAAAAAUCCUACAAUGUGAUUUUCUGGAUUUUAUUUCCUCAUUUUGUCUGUCAUAGUUGACGUGUACCUAUGAUGAAAAUUACAGGCCUCUCUCAUCUUUUUAAGUGGGAGAACUUGCACAAUUGGUGGCUGACUAAAUACUUUUUUUCCCCCACUGUACAUACAUACACACACACAUAUCCUUUAAAAAAUUAUAUUUCCCUUCAUUAGUUUCCAACCUAACCACCCCUUCCCCAAUAGGAGUAAACUAGUGAACAACAACGCUUAGGGCUCUACUUCCAGCCCAUACAUACUAUAUACAUUUUAUGGACACAGUCAAAUUCUACAAUAAUUAUAUUUUGUUUGUUUUUAUUCCUGAACUUCCUCUGAUCAUUGUCCAUCUGGUUUGCUUCUAUAUUCCAUAUUUUUCUAACUGUGCUCUAUCACAAAAGCUCUCAACCUAUAACCUAUAUGCUUAUUAUGGACACAGUAUGCUUUACAGUAGUUAUCUUGUUGUUAUUAGUUGUUGUUAUUAGUCCCAUCCUGCAGCUCCAUUCAACACCUCCCAUCUAUCUCUUAACACCAUCCAUAUUGGAUUUCUAUUUGCCAUAUAUUUUUCAACUGUACUGUGAUGUUUUACAAAAGUUCUGAACCUUUCUAUUCUCAUUGUUUCUACAGAUCGUAAUUUGAAAAUAAUCAUUUUUGCUAAAAGUAUUAUUAUAUUAUUGAUCGAUUGACAAUGACUUUUCAGAUCACCCAGUAGUGCUAUCUGCAGGGUUAGCUUCAGGUAAAUAUUUCAAUCCUUUAGCCAUUCCUGGACCUGUGUCCAAAAACAAGCUACAAAUGGACAGUACCAAAACAAAUGAUCUAAUGAUUCUGUCUCUUUGCAGGAAAAUCUGCAUAGCUGGGAAGAUUGUAUCCCCCAUAUAAAUAACAUUAUAUUGGUAGCAAGAAUUUUAUAUAAUAAUUUAAAUUGAAAAAUUCUACGUUUUGAAUCCGGCGUCGUUUUGCGUAUCAAUUCAUAAACACUAUGCCAUGGAAUCGGUACGUCAGAAAUCUCUUCCCAACUAUUUUGCAAUCUAUAUGGGACGGCUGUCAAUCCUUUGGUCCUUAAAUGAAACUGGUAUACUUUUUUAUUCAUCACAAUUUAACCAAUUAUAUUAUUUAAUGCAAGGCCGACAGACAAGUUCCUUACUUUUUCCCCCUUCCACUUUCCUUUUCCAUUUUUGCGGUAAUGCUGCAAUUAUUUGGUUGUAAUUUUGGUUAGAGCAGACAUUUCCAUAUGUUUUUGUUAGCUGCAUGUGCGACAUAACUCCACCAGUCCUACCGAUAAUAUCAUUUACGAUUAUACAUUUUUUAAACAUUUGUAUCAAUUAGUAUAUUUGAGUUUAAACACAACAUUUGUUGCAUUAUUUGUUCUGUCGUUUCUGGAGGAUUAAAUUGAAAUUGCAACCAACUUUCUAUGGCUUGUUUUAGAAAUAGUGAUAUUUGUGAGAUUAUUUCCUUUUCAAAUAACUUAAAGUGAGAGGUUGUAAUCUGAAUAAAGGGAAAAAGGCUAUUCUUGAACAUUGGGUGAGACAAUCUUACUAAUUUGCUAGACAACCAGUUCGGAUUUAAGUAUAACUUUUGUAUGACUGAAUAUUUUAGUGAUAGGUCUAAUGCUUUAAUAUUUAUUAAUUUCUGUCCUCCGAAUUCAUAUUCAUUAUAUAAAUAGGCCCGUUUAAUUUUGUCUGGCUUGCCGUUCCAAAUAAAAUGGAAUUUCUUUUUCUCAUAUAAUUUAAGAAACUGUUCGCUAGACAUAGGCAAGACCAUAAGCAAAUAGGUAAACUGGGAUACUACUAAAGAGUUAAUCAGGGUGAUUUUUCCACAUAUUGACAGGUAUUUACCUUUCCAUGGUAGCAAGAUCUUAUCUAUUUUUGCUAACUUUCUAUUAAAAUGUAUUGGACUGAGAUCAUUUAUUUCAUUUGGGAUAUGUAUUCCGAGUAUAUCCACAUCACCAUCAGACCAUUUUAUUGGUAAACUACAUGGUAAUGUAACAUUUAUAUUUUUUAGUGAUCCAAUAUGUAAUAUAGUACAUUUAUCAUAAUUUGGUUGUAAUCCAGAGAGGUUAGAAAAUGUAUCUAGAUCCUCUAUGAGGCUGUGGAGGGAUUCAAGUUGUGGAUUUAAAAGAAAACAUGAAUCAUCAGCGUACAAUGACACCUUUGUUUUUAAGCCCUGGAUUUAGAAUCCCUUGAUAUUAUUGUUGGAUCUGAUUUUAAUAGCUAACAUCUCGAUGGCCAUAAUAAAUAGAUAUGCCGAUAGUGGACAACCUUGUUUUACUCCUCUUGACAGUUUAGAACUUUCUGAGAAAUAGCCAUUAUUUACUAUUUUACACCUAGGGUUACUAUACAUGAUUUUAACCCAAUUUAUAAGAGAUUGUCCAAAAUUGAAAUGCUCCAGGCAUUUAUAUAUAAACCCCAGUCGUACUUUAUCAAAUGCCUUUUCGAAGUCUGCUAAGAAUAGUAGGCCUGGUUUCCCAGAUUUUUCAUAGUGUUCUAUUGUUUCCACUACUUGCCUUAUAUUAUCUCCAAUGUAUUGUCCAUGUAAAAAACCUGUCUGAUUAGAAUGAGUAAUGUCUGACAAUACCUUUUUAAUUCUAAUCGCUAUACAUUUUGCUAUAAUUUUUGCAUCACAACACUGAAGUGUAAGGGGCCUCCAAUUUUUUUAAAUGGACUGGAUCUUUAUAUUUUCCACUUGUAUCCUGUUUCAGUAAUAAUGAAAUCAGACCUUCUUCUUGAGUGUCUGAUAAUCUAGUUAGGUGUUUGUCCCCAUGUGUGCUGAGGGUGUCAGGUUCUUGUCCUGUUCUGGCAUUUAGGUCGCCACAGACUAGUACAUGUCCCUAGGCCUGGAAAUGGUUGAUCUCCCCUCAAGGAUGGAGAAUAUGUCAUUGUUAAAGUAUGGGGAUUCUAUUGGGGGGAUAUAGGUAGCACACAUGAGGACAUUUUUCUCUGUUGAGAUAAUUUCCUUAUUAAUUUCAUAGAGUGGGUUAGGUCUGCUCUAUACCAAAUUAGUAUACCCCCUGAGUCUCUUCCCUGUUUCACACCUGGUAGUUUGGUGGAUUGGACUACCAGCUGUCUGUAACCUAGAGGGCAACCAGUGGGUCCGUCUCCCUUAUACCAUGUUUGUUGUAGGAUGACAAUGUCUGUAUUUCUAAUUUCUUUGAAGAAGUCUGGGUUCCUGCUCUUUAGGCCAAAGGCAGAUGACCUCUGCCUUUGGUUUUGUGUUCCAUAGUGUCUUGUGUUGUUUUUGUGUGGUUUAGGCCCGGACCAUCGCAGUAGGUGUGAGCAGAGCAUGUUGAGCAUCUGAUACAUACCUCUUAGGUCGCAUGAUGGUGCUUGGGCGGGUGUAAUAGUGGGGGUUCGGCCUGUUGCUCUGCUCACGGCCUGGGCAUAUGUCCUGCUGUCAUGUUGAGGUCCUUGCCGCAGGGGCAGGGGGCAUGGGGUGGGCAGAAGGGGCAUAUGUCUGAUAUGGGGGGGCCUAUAUAGAGUGUGGCCAGGUUUACAUUGCCAAAGCAAGUGAAAUAGAUAAUAAACAAAAGUGAAAUAAACAAUAAAAAAUUAACAGUGAACAUUACACUCACAAAAGUUCCAAAAGAAUAAAGACAUUUUAAGUGUCAUAUUAUGUCUAUAUACAGUGUUGUAAUGAUGUGCAAAUAGUUAAAGUACAAAAGGGAAAAUAAAUAAACAUAAGAGAGUUCCAGUAGUUUCUCCUACAGACACCAGGCUACAGUAGCUCACAGUACUCAUCAUGUGGGCCCAUGUGGGGAACUAAAACUGGCUCUAAUACUUCCAGAGGGACCUGACUGAUGGCCUUACGAUAGUGGAGGGAGAGAGAGAGAGUUUUAACUAUUUGCACGUCAUUACAAAACAGGUCAUCAGUCAGGUCCCUCUGGAAGUAUUAGAGCCAGUUUUAGUUCCCCACAUGGGCCCACAUGAUGAGUACUGUGAGUACUGUGCUACACCACACUACUUCCUAUUAUUGUCUCACUAACCUACAUGGCCAGACCAGCCUCGCAGGACACUGAGGCUGCGUCCCAAAUAGCACCUUCUUCCCUAUAUAAUGCUCUACUUUUGACCAGUGCCCAAGACAGUGGUCAAAAGUAGUGCAUUUUGUAGGGAAUAGGGUGCCAUUUGGGAUGCAAGCAGAGGCUGGCAGGACACUGAGACACGCUGAGCUACUGUAGCCUGGUGUCUGUAGGAGAAACUACUGUAACUCUCUGCAGUAAUAAUGGUGUAAUAAGGGUUCUCAUCUGCCUCUGGAGUAGAAGGCUAAGACAAAUAGUGGACGCUAGUGAUGUUUUCUACGGGUGUAAAGGCUAAUUUAGUGGUGUGAGAGCUGGAUACAUCAACCGCAGACACCACUCAUGUGUCUCUCUUCUGGAGGUGUGUGUGUGUGUGUGUGUGUGUUUGAGGUGUGUGUGUGUGUUUGUAUGAGGUGUGUGAGAGGUGUGUGUGGGUGAUAACUAUAUGGUUGUGUACAUCAAGCAGAGCAGCUAUUUUUCAUUAGAUCAUUACGAUGUGUCAUAUCCAGCGUAGGUCAUUUCCUGUAUGGUAGGAGGCUACUGUGAUUGGAAAACCUGUUGGUCACACAAACAUGUGCCUCAUACACCCCGACCCAGCCUUCGGCCCUGUGGACAGACGUCACAGACUAAGCAGUAAAUCUUAAUGAGAGCUGGGCUUGUCCCCCCGUCCCCUCCUCUCCGUUUGGCCCCCUUGUUCCUUGGUUACAUACACACACACACACACCAGGCUCGGCCCCCCUGUUCCUGGGUUUUACUCAGCGCCUCCAACAGGGAGCUUUAAUAAGCACUGCAUCUAGCCAGGCGGGAGGGCGGUGUUUGAUCCCUGUAAUGAGUUCUCUUCCAACCGCAUGUAGCUUACAUGUACCUGCAUGUGAAAUGUGUACAGAGCACAGUGUAUGUGUAUGUGUGUGUGCGUGUGUGUGUGUAUGUGUGUGUGCGUGUGCGUGUGUCUGUGUGUGUGUGUAUGUGUGUGCGUGCGUGUGUGUAUGUGUGCGGGUGCGUGUGUGCGUGUGUAUGUGCGUGUGCAUGAAUGUGUGUGUGUGUAUGUGUGUGUGCAUGUGUGUGUGUGUAUGUGUGUGUGCAUGUGUGUAUGUGUGUAUGUGUGUAUGUGUGUGUGUGUGUAUGUGUGUGUGCAUGUGUGUAUGUGUGUGUGUGUGUGUAUGUGUGUAUGUGUAUGUGUGUGUGUGUGUGUGUGUGCGCGUGUGUGUGUGUGUGAGCCAUCCCUCUCUCCUCUCUUCCACACCUUAUUUAUUUAAGGCUUUCUACCUGGAGGGUAUAACCACAUUUUCAGCUCUUUCACUGCUGUAGCUUUUCCACACUAACCAAGCUGCUCUUUUCUUUUUGUAUUCAUUAUUAAGAGUGCCGUUAUUGCACAAUCUGGACACGUGUCGUUGGAAAAUUCCAUUGGUAUCAGCUGAAUUAUAGGGGUGCUGCCUCUCUUGUGGUGAGCAGAAAAUGGAUGUUGCCUUUCUUUCUCUAUUUAGACCUUUCACAUUUCCUCUCUGGUAUAAAAAUGUGUAUCUCAGAAAUAUCAGUGGCGAUAAAAAUACAUUUUCUGAGAGCUCCUAUUAUGAGUGAAAUACUCAUCUUGGACCCUCGUGGGGUGGUUGAGAAUGUCAAGUAGCAAUGCAAGAGGAUAGGCAGGAUAUCUUCAAAUAAUACUGAAAGCACGCAGUCUUUCAGAGAGAGAGAGAUCUGUCCUGCUAUUUUUACCAGCCUGUCUGUCUGACAAGCUGCUGGCUUGUAAAGUGAUGUAUAGAAAUAGAAUUACUAGAUCAGGAAUUCCCAUUCAUUUUAGUGUUCUGUAAUUCUUAGUUCUAUUUCUAUCAGAGCAGAUGGACCCCCUGUGACUAUGUAUCCCACGGUGCACUGCAGCAGCCAUCAGAUCCGGUAUGUCACCUGGGUACUCAGCCCUGUGUUCCUGUAGCAGACUGUCAGCUUCGCAUGAGGCUGCUGCUGACAAUGGGACGUAAGAAGACUGUAAUACAGUAUCCAAAGAAGAAGAAAUGUACUGUAUUUACACAAAGAGUGCCUCGGACCCUCUUGCUUGGUAAGCUACUCUGGCACCCCAAGUCCCCUAGUGGAUAGACUUCCUCUCUGGGUGGAACGCAACGACGACGUGGAGUGAAGUGCGCGCUGCUCCAAGAAAUCUGACUCCGCCCAUGCACACGCUCAGACGUCGAUCGACGGAGUGAAGUGUGUAGAGACUCAGACUACAAGUUGGGUAGAGGUUGAACAGAACACAUCUCAUCCAUUGUCAGUUAAGAAAAAACGUUUUUUCUUAGUGGGGGAGGGAGAUAAUAACUGCGUUCAUAGUGAAAGAAAUAGCUAUUUUUCUUUGCCUCUGUAGUUGCUUCAAGUCCCAACCCCCAUAUCCCAGCAUGCCUCUAUAAAGGUAAAAUGAAUUAUGAAAGUAAACAUACAGGUGUUCCUUCCUGGUUGUGGAGGAUCCAGCAGUAUUAUCUGUUAUUACAGAGCAGAGUACAGCAAUGAUGAUAGGGCCCUGCGCUUUACUGUCCCCAGGUAAAUUAUAGUAGGCCUACACACUCACAUACACCAGAAUUACAUGCCUUUAAAACUAACACACAUACACAGGCAUUAUCCACACAUAUACCAGCAUUACAUGCAUUUAAAACAAACUGCCAAAACAGCCAGAAUAGCCAGCCAGUCACAAGAAGAUGGACCCAACCCAGGGAACUGUGACAGGGGCCAGGGGCCAGGAGAGUCCCAAAGGGCUGGGGCCUGUGUGUGUUGGGACUGGGAUGGGGUCAGAGGUGAACUUUCCCAGUCUGACCUGGCCCUGCCUUGUCUCUAAAAAGAUGACAGCCGGCGUCUGACCCGACUUGUGUUUUUUGGGUCCUUGACUAGAAUAACUCCUUUCACAAUCUUACUCUUUACCUGGAUAUGUAGUAGCUGGGCUUUGUAGCUCCCAUUGGUUGCAGAAGAGACCAGAACUGGUACUGUAGGUUACAGGCCUGUACAGAGAAUAAGAUGAAUGUGAUCGUCCAGUGAAAGUACUGUGAGUUUGUGGUUAGAGAGACACCUGCUGGGGAGAAAUAAGAAUUACUACUCAUAAAUACUUUCAAUCAAUCAAUCAAUCACAUUUUAUUUAUAAAGCCCUUUUUACAUCAGCAGAUGUCACAAAGUGCUAUACAGAAAACCAGCCUAAAACCCCAAACAAUGCAGAUGUAGAAGCACGGUGGCUAGGAAAAACUCCCUAGAAAGGCAGAAACCAAGGAAGAAACCUAGAGAGGAACCAGGCUCUGAGGGGUGGCCAGUCCCCUUCUGGCUGUGCCGGGUGGAGAUUAUAACAGUACAUGGCCAUUAAGACCAGAUUUUUCUCCAAGAUGUUCAAACUUUCAUAGAUAACCAGCAGGGUCAAAUAAUAAUCACAGUGGUUGUAGAGGUUGCAACAGGUCAGUACAUCAGGAGUAAAUGUCACUUGGCUUUUCAUAGCCGGGCAUUUAGAGGUUGAAAUAGCAGGUGUGGUAGAGCAAGAGAGUUGAAAACAGCAGGUCUGGGACAAGGUAGCAAGUCUUGUGAACAGGUCAGUGUUCCAUAGCCGCAGGCAGAAGAGUUGAAACUGGAGCAGCAGCACGACCAGGUGGACUGGGGACAGCAAGGAGUCAUCAGGUCAGGUAGUCCUGAGGCAUGGUCCUAGGGCUCAGGUCCUCCGGGAUGGGAGGGAGAGAGGGAGAGAGAGAGAAUUAGAGGGAGCAUACUUAAAUUCACACAGGACACCGGCUAAGACAGGAGAAUAACACCAGAUAUAACAGACUGACCCUAGCCCCCCGGCACAUAGACUAUUGCAGCAUAGAUACUGGAGGCUGAGACAGGGGGGGGGGGGGGGUUGGGAGACACUGUGGCCCCGUCCGACGAUACCCCCGGUAUGGCCAACUACAGUAACAUCAUUGGGGGACAGAUUGGCUAAGCUUUUGAUCCAUUACCUUCCCAGUCUUAGAAAUAUUGUAUGAAACAUCACCAGUGAUCGUUACUGAUGUCUGGGCAGUUUGUGGUUACUGGGUAGUGUGGGGUUAGUUAGUUCCUGUCCACAGGACAUGUUAAAGGUCAUACAACACCUGUAGGGUCAUGUCUUCUACAUCUUCCAGUUCCACGUCCACAUCCAUGUGUUUUACUACCGGGUAACAAGCUAUGUUUAGGAGCUGCUUGUGUCCAAAAUAUUAUUUUAUUCUCCGGUAGUUACUAAGACUUUACACAUUGGUGUUAACUCACUAAACAAGGUCCUAAACAAGGUCCUGUUCCAGACCAAGGUCAAUUACAAGGGAGUUCAUUGGUUCCUACUGCGUAGGCCGUAAAGUCUCAGUAUGUGAACUUGGCCGUCAUUAAAGCAGCUCGUUAUCUUUUGAUCUAGAUGGAGUAACCAACGUUUUCUUCUCUUCCCUGUCUCUCUUCUUCCUUGUCUCUUCCCCUGUCUCUCCCCUCUCUCUCUCCUCUCCCCUGUCUCUCCCCUCUCUCUCUCCUCUCCCCUGUCUCUCCCCUCUGUCUCUCCUCUCUCCCCUGUCUCUCCCCUCUCUCUCUCCUCUCUCCCCUGUCUCUCCCCUGUCUCUCCCCUCUCUCUCCUCUCUCCCUCUCUCCCCUGUCUCUCCCUCUCCUCUCUCCCUCUCUCUCUCCCUCUCCCCUCUCUCUCUCCUCUCUCCCUUCUCUCCCCUCUCUCACUCCUCUCUCGCCUGUCUCUCCUCUCUCUCUCUCCUCUCUCCCCUGUCUCUCCCCUCUCUCUCUCCUCUCUCCCCUGUCUCUCCCCUCUCUCUCUCCUCUCUCCCGUCUCUCCCGUCUCCCCUUUCCCGUGUCUCUCCCCUCUUCCAUGUGUCUAUCCUCUCUCUACUCUUCCUCUCCUUCUUCCCUCUCCCCUCUCCUAUCUUCUUCCUUCCUCUCCCUUCCCUCCUGUCUCUCCCCAGGGUAGUUUCUACGUCCCUAGUGAGAACUGUCUUCAGCGAGCUCACACGUGGCAUCGUAGACUCUGUCGCCUCCUACUGGUGGUACACCGAGGCGUACGCUCCUACUACACCACUCUGAUGAAGGAGAUACCACAACUGGACCAGGUGGACAUAGGUGAGGCAACAACAUGUUACAAUAGCAUUUCCUCAAUAUUUAGCUAUGUCUAUGUGGCAAUCAAUCAAGUCAAUUAUUUCAUUGUUCAAAAUAAUGUAUAAUACUGAGUAGACUUGAGCUAUGCCAUAGUCAUCUCUUUCUCUUGUCUUUCUCUCCACAGAGGAGCUACCUGUGGAAGAAACACUAAAUCAGCUCACAAUAGAAUUACAGGUAGGUGGUGUACGAGACAUACACUACUGCUAAAAACCAAGAUCAAGAUCAACAUUUUAUAUUAGCUAUACUUUCUUUCCUCUCCAAUGUUCUACUAGUAUUUCCAUAAUAAUAUAAUAUGCCAUUUAGCAGACGCUUUUAUCCAAAGCGACUUACAGUCAUGCGUGCAUACAUUUUUACGUAUGGGUGGUCCUGGGGAUCGAACCCACUACCCUGGCGUUACAAGCGCCAUGCUCUACCAAUUGAGCUACAAUUCCAUUAUUAAUUUAUUUACUUGAACAACAUACAGGUAACUGCCAAAAUAAAGGAAACACCAACAUAAAGUGUCUUAAUAGGGCGUUGGGCCACCAUGAGCCAGAACAGCUUCAAUGCACCUUGGCAUAGAUUCUACAAGUGUCUGAAACUCUAUUGGUGUUAUGUUGAUGGUGGUGGAAAACACUGUCUCAGGCGCCACUCCAGAAUCUCCCAUAAGUGAUCAAUUGAGUUGAGAUCUGGUGACUGAGACGGCCAUGGCAUAUUUACAUCAUUUUCAUGCUCAUCAAACCAUUUAGUGACCACUCAUGGAUUGGGGCAUAUCCAUGGUAGCCAAAAUAAUGGCCUUCCCAGCAUUGACCCAUGACCCUAAGCAUGAUGGAAUGUUAAUUGCUUAAUUAACUCAGGAACCACACCUGUGUGGAAGCACAUGCUUUCAAUAUACUUUGUAUCCCUCAUUUACUCAAGAGUUACCAUUAUUCUGGCAGUUACAUGUACUUUUACUAUAUAUCUAAGAUACUAGUGGCAUCUGGAUAAAGUCAUUGAGCAUAUAAAGAGAUACUAUCUGUAUCCACUCUCUUCUCCUCCUCUAGCUGCAGGGGGGACAUGAGAAGGUAGCAGAACAGAUCAGUAGAGACCUGACCCAGCUCUGCUCCCAGCUGUCGGCUCUGUGGACCCGCUUCCUGGAGGCUGCCGUACCCAACACACACAUCCUGUCCCACCUGGCCCAGGAACACCACACACUCAGGGUGAGUCCUAACCCCUGACCUCAAUCCUCUGACCUCCUCAGGAACAUCACACACCCCCAUACAGUCUAUCUUAUAUAUUAUGAAGUAUGUAACACUAGAAGACGAGGUCUUGAACACUCCAAAGCCCACUAUUCUAAAUAGGUUUUGUGUGUGUCAGAUUGCGUAAGGGUAUUACAGCCAGGUAAAAUACACCAGCUGAUGAUUAGUCCCUAUAGACCUCAAUACCUUGAAUAGACAUUAUAUCUGAGUAUCCCAAAUGUAAUUUGCAUUUAAUCAUUGGAAUGAUUAAUAUUAAUGUAAGACUAUUCCCACCCCUCUCCUUAGUGUUGCUAGCAGGUCUCCAGGCUCUUGGUUCUCACAGUGUUAGUUUCAUCUCUCCUGUCAGUCAGUCAGUCAGUCAGUCAGUCAGUCAGUCAGUCAGUCAGUCAGUCAGUCUGUCUGUCUGUCUGUCUGUCUGUCUGUCUGUCUGUCUGUCUGUCUGUCUGUCUGUCUGUCUGUCUGUCUGUCUGUCUGUCUGUCUGUCUGUCUGUCUGUCUGUCUGUCUGUCUGUCUGUCUGUCUGUCUGUCUGUCUGUCAGUCUGUCAGUCAGUGAGUCAUAAUGAACACAGUAUGUUUUAUUUAUUUCACCUUUAUUUAACCAGGUAAGCCAGUUGAGAACAAGUUCUCAUUUACAACUGCGACCUGGCCAAGAUAAAGCAAAGCAGUGCGAUAAAAAACAACAACACAGAGUUACAUAUGGGGUAAACAAAACGUAAAGUAAAAAAUACAACAGAAAAUACAUAUACAGUGUGUGCAAAUAUAGCAAGUUAUGGAGGUAAGGCCAUAGUGCAAAAUAAUUACAAUUUAGUAUUAACACUGAAAUGAUACAGUGGGGAAAAAAAGUAUUUAGUCAGCCACCAAUUGUGCAAGUUCUCCCACUUAAAAAGAUGAUAGAGGCCUGUAAUUUUCAUCAUAGGUACACGUCAACUAUGACAGACAAAUUGAGAUUUUUUUUCUCCAGAAAAUCACAUUGUAGGAUUUUUAAUGAAUUUAUUUGCAAAUUAUGGUGGAAAAUAAGUAUUUGGUCACCUACAAACAAGCAAGAUUUCUGGCUCUCACAGACCUGUAACUUCUUCUUUAAGAGGCUCCUCUGUCCUCCACUCGUUACCUGUAUUAAUGGCACCUGUUUGAACUUGUUAUCAGUAUAAAAGACACCUGUCCACAACCUCAAACAGUCACACUCCAAACUCCACUAUGGCCAAGACCAAAGAGCUGUCAAAGGACACCAGAAACACAAUUGUAGACCUGCACCAGGCUGGGAAGACUGAAUCUGCAAUAGGUAAGCAGCUUGGUUUGAAGAAAUCAACUGUGGGAGCAAUUAUUAGGAAAUGGAAGACAUACAAGACCACUGAUAAUCUCCCUCGAUCUGGGGCUCCAUGCAAGAUCUCACCCCGUGGGGUCAAAAUGAUCACAACGGUGAGCAAAAAUCCCAGAACCACACGGGGGGACCUAGUGAAUGACCUGCAGAGAGCUGGGACCAAAGUAACAAAGCCUACCAUCAGUAACACACUACGCCGCCAGGGACUCAAAUCCUGCAGUGCCAGACGUGUCCCCCUGCUUAAGCCAGUACAUGUCCAGGCCCGUCUGAAGUUUGCUAGAGUGCAUUUGGAUGAUCCAGAAGAGGAUUGGGAGAAUGACAUAUGGUCAGAUGAAACCAAAAUAGAACUUUUUGGUAAAAACUCAACUCGUCGUGUUUGGAGGACAAAGAAUGCUGAGUUGCAUCCAAAGAACACCAUACCUACUGUGAAGCAUGGGGGUGGAAACAUCAUGCUUUGGGGCUGUUUUUCUGCAAAGGGACCAGGACGACUGAUCCGUGUAAAGGAAAGAAUGAAUGGGGCCAUGUAUCGUGAGAUUUUGAGUGAAAACCUCCUUCCAUCAGCAAGGGCAUUGAAGAUGAAACGUGGCUGGGUCUUUCAGCAUGACAAUGAUCCCAAACACACCGCCCGGGCAAUGAAGGAGUGGCUUCGUAAGAAGCAUUUCAAGGUCCUGGAGUGGCCUAGCCAGUCUCCAGAUCUCAACCCCUUGGAAAAUCUUUGGAGGGAGUUGAAAGUCCGUGUUGCCCAGCGACAGCCCCAAAACAUCACUGCUCUAGAGGAGAUCUGCAUGGAGGAAUGGGCCAAAAUACCAGCAACAGUGUGUGAAAACCUUGUGAAGACUUACAGAAAACGUUUGACCUGUGUCAUUGCCAACAAAGGGUAUAUAACAAAGUAUUGAGAAACUUUUGUUAUUGACCAAAUACUUAUUUUCCACCAUAAUUUGCAAAUAAAUUCAUUAAAAAUCCUACAAUGUGAUUUUCUGGAGAAAAAAAAUCUCAUUUUGUCUGUCAUAGUUGAUGAAAAUUACAGGCCUCUCUCAUCUUUUUAAGUGGGAGAACUUGCACAAUUGGUGGCUGACUAAAUACUUUUUUCCCCCACUGUAGAUGUGCAAGAGAUGAUGUGCAAAUAGAGAUACUGGAGUGCAAAUGAGCAAAAUAAUUAACAAUAUGGGGAUGAGGUAGUUGGGUGGGCUAAUUUCAGAUGUGCUGUGUACAGGUGCAGUGAUCGGUAAGGUGCUCUGACAACUGAUGCUUAAAGUUAGUGAGGGAGAUAAGAGUCUCCAGCUUCAGAGAUUUUUGCAGUUCGUUCCAGUCAUUGGCAGUAGAGAACUGGAAGGAAUGGCGGCCAAAGGAGGUGUUGGCUUUGGGGAUGAACAGUGAGAUAUACCUGCUGGAGCGCAUACUACGGGUGGGUGUUGCUAUGGUGACCAAUGAGCUAAGAUAAGGCGGGGAUUUGCCUAGCAGUGAUUUAUAGAUGACCUGGAGCCAGUGGGUUUGGCGACGAAUAUGUAGUGAGGACCAGCCAACAAGAGCGUACAGGUCACAGUGGUGGGUAGAAUAUGGGGCUUUGGUGACAAAACGGAUGGCACUGUGAUAGACUACAUCCAAUUUGCUGAGUAGAGUGUUGGAGGCUAUUUUGUAAAUGACAUCGCCGAAGUCAAGGAUCGGUAGGAUAGUCAGUUUAACGAGGGCAUGUUUGGCAGCAUGAGUGAAGGAGGCUUUGUUGCGAAAUAGGAAGCCGAUUCUAGAUUUAACUUUGGAUUGGAGAUGCUUAAUGUGAGUCUGGAAGGAGAGUUUACAGUCUAACUAGACACCUAGGUAUUUGUAGUUGUCCACAUACCUUAGGUCAGACCCGCCGAGAGUAGUGAUUCUAGUCGGGUGGGCGGGUGCCAGCAGCGUUCGAUUGAAUAGCAUGCAUUUAGUUUUACUAGUGUUUAAGAGCAAUUGGAGGCUACGGAAGGAGUGUUGUAUGGCAUUGAAGCUCGUUUGGAGGUUUGUUAACACAGUGUCCAAUAAACGUCCAGAUGUAUACAAAAUGGUGUCGUCUGCGUAGAGGUAGAUCUGAGAGUCACCAGCAGCAAGAGCGACAUCAUUGAUAUACACAGAGAAAGAGUCGGCCCGAGAAUUGAACCCUGUGGCACCCCCAUAGAGACUGCCAUAGGUCCAGACAACAGGCCCUCCGAUUUGACACAUUGAACUCUAUCUGAGAAGUAGUUGGUGAACCAGGCGAGGCAGUCAUUUGAGAAACCAAGGCUAUUUAGUCUGCCUAUAAGAAUGCGUUGGUUGACAGAGUCGAUAGCCUUGGCCAGGUCGAUGAAGACGGCUGCACAGUACUGUCUAUUAUCGAUCGCGGUUAUAAUAUCGUUUAGGACCUUGAGCGUGGCUGAAGUGCACCCAUGUCUCCAUCACAGGAGGUUGGUGGCACCUUAAUUGGGGAGGACGGGCUCGUGGUAAUGGCUGGAGCGGAAUAGGUGGAAUGGUAUCAAAUACAUCAAACACAUGGUUUGAUGCCAUUCCAUUUUCUCAGUUCCAGACAUUAUUAUGAGCCGUCCUCCCCUCAGCAGCCUCCACUGGACUCUCCAUAUUAGUUUACCUUCAGGGGUUAGUUUCAUGGUUCCACCCACAGGAUAGGUGGGAUUUCAAUGAACAUUUAUUCUGUAAUUAUCCUGAGGAACAAACAUACAGAAACACUGUAACACUGUUUCUUGAUGUUCCUGACUCUGUCUGUCUCUGUCACAAUCUGUGACUUUAUAAAAGGUGGCAGGUUUAGUUAUACUUUAGAGGGAUUUUUGUAUUUAUUUCUGUUAAAGGGAUUUUUAUACAUGACCCUAAGCAUGAUGGGAUGUUAAUUGCUUAGAUAACUCAGAAACCACACCUGUGUGGAAGCACCUGCUUUCAAUACACUUUGUAUCCCUAAUUUACUCAAGUGUUUCCAUUAUUUCGUUAGUUACCUGUAUUUUAACACUAACACUUUUACACCAUUAACACAUUUCUGUCAUUUCUCUUUUUGAUGUUGUUAUUUUGAAGAUCAAAUCAUUGCCUUUCAUGCAUACAGUACUAACUCUGUAAGUUUCUCAGUGAGGAAAUGAAGAUGCUUCUUGUUUGUAUUUUGUGGUGAUGUCAGGUCAGGCGGUUUUCAGAGGCAUACUUCUUCACAGAACACCCCAAAGAGACAUCCCUGACAUUUCAAGAGGACCUGUGAGUACUGCCAUUCCAGGAGCACAAUGAUGCAGUUUUGUCACUCUGUUUUAGAUUUACUUUUAUGUCAAUGCUUUACCUAAGACAUAAUUCUAUGAAUGGAAAAAAAGUAGGCCGAAUGUGUUUGAGUGGUUAUGAUAGAAAGCAGUUCUUCUUCUUCUUCUUCUUCUUCUUCUUCUUCUUCUUCUUCUUCUUCUUCUUCUUCUUCUUCUUCUUCUUCUUCUUCUUCUUCUACUUCUUCUACAUCUUCUUCUUCUUCUUCUUCUUCUUCUUCUUCUUCUUCCUCUAUCUUCUAUUUCCUGGUUAAAGGAUCAACAGACACGGUCAGAUAGCAGUCGAGGUGCGUAACUCCAACUACCUGACCAGGAUGCCACCAUUACCUGUAGAGUGCCUGGACAUUGACGGAGACUGGAACAGCCUGCCUAUCAUCUUCGAAGACAGAUAUGUAGAGUCUCCACGGACAAGUGAGUUGACUAAGUCCAGGAUUUCAUUCAAUAGCGAUAAACUUGAACCCUUCGCCUACAAUUUCUGCGGCCUGCGGAAAUCUAAUUAACAUAAUACAAAAAUCCCCUUCAAAAUCCGUCUGUUUAAGCUAGAGAGAUAUGUGUUUUUUUGCAUGGGCUGCGUCUCAAUCCACAGCAUCCGCCGAUAUCGCCCUUCUACAUCUGUGGUGAAAUGUGGCAGAGCUAGAGCGGUGUUUGUCAGACAAUGAGACAUCCCGAAAAUCGGUCUUCUCAUGAAAACGUCUAGCGUCCGAACGGUUUGACAUAAAAAAACUAUUAUGACCACUCUAUUAAAAGAUGGGACUCUCACGAACAUGAUGGUGUUCUCUGUUUUGCACAAGCCUCAUCUGAAGGUCCCUGGUACCAGUUUAAAACAUUUAUGGAAGUAUAUAGUGAGGGAAAAAAGUAUUUGAUCCCCUGCUGAUUUUGUACGUUUGCCCACUGACAAAGAAAUGAUCAGUCUAUAAUUUUAAUGGUAGGUUUAUUUGAACAGUGAGAGACAGAAUAACAACAACAAAAAUCCAGAAAAACGCAUGUAAAAAAAUUUAUGAAUUGAUUUGCAUUUUAAUGAGGGAAAUAAGUAUUUGACCCCUCUGCAAAACAUGACUUAGUACUUGGUGGCAAAACCCUUGUUGGCAAUCACAGAGGUCAGACGUUUCUUGUAGUUGGCCACCAGGUUUGCACACAUCUCAGGAGGGAUUUUGUCCCACUCCUCUUUGCAGAUCUUCUCCUAGCAGAAAAACACCCCCAAAGCAUAAUGUUUCCACCUCCAUGUUUGACGGUGGGGAUGGUGUUCUUGGGGUCAUAGGCAGCAUUCCUCCUCCUCCAAACACGGCGAGUUGAGUUGAUGCCAAAGAGCUCGAUUUUGGUCUCAUCUGACCACAACACUUUCACCCAGUUCUCCUCUGAAUCAUUCAGAUGUUCAUUGGCAAACUUCAGACGGGCAUGUAUAUGUGCUUUCUUGAGCAGGGGGACCUUGCAGGCGCUGCAGGAUUUCAGUCCUUCACAGCGUAGUGUGUUACCAAUUGUUUUCUUGGUGACUAUGGUCCCAGCUGCCUUGAGAUCAUUGACAAGAUCCUCCCGUGUAGUUCUGGGCUGAUUCCUCACUGUUCUCAUGAUCAUUGCAACUCCACAAGGUGAGAUUUUGCAUGGAGCCCCAGGCCGAGGAAGAUUGACAGUUCUUUUGUGUUUCUUCCAUUUGCGAAUAAUCGCACCAACUGUUGUCACCUUCUCACCAAGCUGCUUGGCGAUGGUCUUGUAGCCCAUUCCAGCCUUGUGUAGGUCUACAAUCUUGUCCCUGACAUCCUUGGAGAGCUCUUUGGUCUUGGCCAUGGUGGAGAGUUUGGAAUCUGAUUGAUUGCUUCUGUCGACUGGUGUCUUUUAUACAGGUAACAAGCUGAGAUUAGGAGCACACCCUUUAAGAGUGUGCUCCUAAUCUCAUCUCGUUACCUGUAUAAAAGACACCUGGGAGCCAGAAUCAUUCUGAUUGAGAGGGGGUCAAAUACUUAUUUCCCUAAUUAAAAUGCAAAUCAAUUUAUAAAAUUUUUUACAUGCGUUUUUCUGGAUUAUUUUGUUGUUAUUCUGUCUCUCACUGUUCAAAUAAACCUACCAUUAAAAUUUUAGACUGAUCAUUUCUUUGUCAGUGGGCAAACGUACAAAAUCAGCAGGGGAUCAAAUACUUUUUUUCCCCUCACUGUAUAGAGAUAGUUUAGUGCCUAAAAAAUUAAGAAAAUGGUUUCCUCUCAGAACAAACUUCCUUUAGAUUUGUUUUGGGACGAUCUGUUGUUCCAUGUAGUGAAUCUGUUAUUCAAUGCGUUUCUAUUGGCUAAUAGCAGUAAUGCCAAAUUCAAUGUGUCAUCCAAUAAUUGUUUUAUAUAUUUUUUUGAUACCUUAAGGGGUCUUAAAAUUUAAAAUCAAAUAGCUAAAUGAUCCUUGGUGUGAUCAUUUUAAAACAAUUCCGUAUGUUAGCUUAGAACCCCCCCCCCCCCCCCCCCCCCCCCCCCAGUUUAGACAAGGCUUUAACUCUAGAAGGUUAAAGGCAAUUUCCUGAUGUUUGUGGCGAAAAUAUCACUGAUGGCUCAACAAGAAUUCACCUUUAAGCAGUACAUAGGUUGUUUAUCUGUUUUAGUUUGAAUCCUGGCCUGAGUUUGCUUUUAUUUGUGCUAGCAAUACUGUUUUAUCUGGUUCAGAUCUAUACUUAUUAAAGUAGUGUAGAUCUGCAUAAUUUAAACAUCUACUAUUAGCGUAAGACCUAACAUUUUUCUCCAUCUUUAUUUAUAGAUUGGGGAUCAUAUGUGCCAACACAUCUGUCCACCAGUGAGCAGACCAUCCCCAACCCUCCUGUCACUGAUGCAAACAUUAGUCCUCCUGCCCUGGACCAGCUCACCAGCUCACCAACAAUACCAACCCAGGAGCCUAAAGACAAUGAGGAUACAUACAGGUCUCUCAUAGGAGAGCAGAGCACCAGCAUUAUUACUGACAAGAUAGGUUCUGCAUCUAUUGAGACUCCAGACCCAGACCAGGCAGACCCAGACCAGGGAGAGCCAGUCCAGCCAGGGGAUCCAGAGGAGCAGGCCGAGGCAGAGGAGAUCUCAGAGGAGAGCCCUGGUUUAGGCCUGAGGUUCAGAGGAGAGGCAGCGCUGAUGGUCUCCUCCAACCACAAACACUGUACAGACCCACAGCAUACCUCUAACAGUGAAGACGCGACUUGGAAAGACUUGGAGAACCACCAAGACAUCAUCACACAGAGAUACCAGAACAUUAUCAGUACAGGAAAUGACUUGGAUGUAGAAGAGAAUGACGUUGCUAUGGACGACGACAGCGAGGAUGUUCCUCUGAGCAGUCUAACCACUAACCCCCAGGCUCCACUCAAAGAUCCUCCCCUCACGCCCCCUCUACCUACGGACCUGAGGAGAGAGCUGGCCCACCGAGGGGUGGGGGUGGGUGGCAACAAGAUCUUAAACCGCUCCCCCUCCGUCAUCUCCGACUCUGGCAUCGAGAGCGAGCCCAGCUCGAUGGUCUGGCCCAUGGACGUUUAUCGGACGGGGGGAGGGCGCCCUCUGGAGGAGAACCUGGUACUGCAGCCCCUGGUGAGGAGACACCCGGCCCACCGCAGCUCCCUGGAGGGCCUGCAGACAGAAAGCGGAACCAGCGGGGGCAGCCUGCCCAACGGAGGGGGUGGCAGCGCUGGCAUCCAGGCCUCCCUCACCUCCAUCUCCUCCCUGCCCUACGAGGACGACGAGGAACAGAGGAACCAGCUCAGUAAACUGACCAAGUCUGUCUCGGCUCCUCAGAUCUCCAGCCCUGAGGACACAGAGGAGGACCAGGGAGGAGAGGAGGAGGAGGUAGACACGGAGAGCGAGGGGACCAGCGGCUACCAGGACCAGGUGGAGGGAUACUCCUCAAUCUCCACUGCUGCCACCAAUGUAACGACUGGGGACUUGAUCAGACACCUGGAGUCCUUAUCCGGGGUAAACCACUCCUCUCUGGAGGACAUCCAGGAGGGAGAGCUGCCUGAGGUUGGUCUGUUUGACUGGGGAGCAGCUCCCUCAUCACCCCAGCAGGUGACCAGAGCUCAUCAGGAGAGUGGUCGUGAUCUUAAAGAAACUUGUAGAUCUAAUAAAUCUGCUCUGCCAGAGGCCCUGUCAGACACUCAGGACAUGAAGGCAGUGUUAAGUGGCGUUAGUCGAGUUCCUGAAGUCUUGCUGUUCCAACAGUAUGUUGAAGGCCAUGAUGACGUGAAGGAUCCAGCUAUAGUCCAUCAGAUGGAGGAUAAGAACCAUCACAGAGGAGACAGCAGUGGUGUGUUAAACUCAGUGGACCCAGGUCUCUGUGAAGUAGAGAUCACCCCCUGUAGCUGUGAGACCAAACCCUGUGAACAUGACAGCAGUGUGCUGGUGGAUGAUGUGGAGGGAUAUCCAGUCAGGGAUGACUGUCAGAGUCUCCAUCAGAUUGGAUUGAACAACCUUGUUGACCAGGAACGGCUGGAUCAUCACCAGACUCCCUCCCAGAGCCUCCAUCGGGUUGGGCUGCGUGACCUGGUGGUGGUCUCACAGAGGAAGAGCCUCCAUGACCCCAGGCCUAUCUCCUCUAUCCCCAAACCCACAGAGAGACCCAUCCACCUCAUAGGCCUUAUUGCCAAUGAUACGGCCAGGCUUGAUGAUCUCAUAGGGCUCCCGGCCAAUGAGAGAGAGCAGCUGGAUCUCAACGGUCAGACCAAGCUGGCUAAGAUCCCCAGUAGCUCAGGGUCAGGGUCGGCCUCGGGGUCAAGCUCAGGGUCAAACUCAGGGUCAGGCCUAUCCUUUAUGAACAGGAAGGUGGUGGAGGUGGUGAAUAUGUCCGUGUCCUGCGCUCCGACCUGUCUUCCCUUCUCCUCCGUCGUCCGGGACUCACCGUCCAUUAGCGGCAUCUCCACUCGACAAGCCGCAUCACCCAUUACCCAUCAGCCCCUGGGCUCUUUCGGCAUCAUCUCCUCGUCCUCGUCCAACGCCCUGGGGCCAGAUGACGAAACAAACGAGAGGAUGCUGCAGUAAGUUGUGGUGAACCAGUCAUAGAUGUGUGAGAAGUCAGACGUUUUCAUUGCUCUUUGACCUCUUUAAUGAUGAGUUCCUCUGAGUGUGUGCAUAUGCAUGUGAUUUCCCAUAAUGAUGCCACCUCUGACCAUCACCUGUCCCCUCUGCCUGCACUGUGUUCCAGUUUCUACAGGUCCAAAGAGGAUCUGGUGAAGGAGCUGGUGUUCAAGGCAACCCUUUACAGUGACCUCCCUCACCUGGCCUCCGACCUGCCCUACUUCCCCCCUGAGGAGGAGGAUGAGGAGUUUGAGGAUGGCAUACACCUGGUUGUCUGUGUCCACGGCCUUGAUGGUGAGACAAUCAAUCAAUCAAUUAAACAAUCAAUCAAAUCAACUAAAUCAGCCAAUCUCCUGAUCCACCUGGUUGUGUAUGUCCAUGGCCUGGAUGAUAAAACAUCACACAAUGUUGUCCAAUGCUAGAACAAUAAAGCUUUACUCAAAAGAACUGAACUGAAUAGUCCAGAAUAUGGUUUGGGUCCCACCUCUAUACUUACAUACUGAUCAGGGCCAGGAGUUUAAAGGUGUAUUGUUGUAUUGUCUCCUCCUAGGGAACAGUGCAGACCUUCGCCUGGUGAAGACCUUCAUAGAGCUGGGAUUACCAGGGUCCAGAUUGGACUUCCUCAUGUCUGAGAGGAACCAGGUAAAAUACAGACUAUUCUGUCUGCACAUUAAUACAAUAAACAUUGAUUUUAGAGAAUCGAUAAUAUGUAUGAGCAAAUCCUGUGAAUAUGCUUUAAUUUAAGGCCACGUAUGCCAGAUCACCCUUGUAAAAGAGGUAUUUUGAUCUCAAUAGGAUUUCCUGGUUAAAUAAAUGUGAAAAUAUGUGUGUUGUUUUCCUCUUGCUUGGCUGCAGACUGACACGUUUGCAGAUUUCGAUACCAUGACGGACAGGCUACUAGACGAGAUUAUCCAGCACAUUCAGCUGUACAACCUCACCAUCGGACGGAUAAGGUCAGUAUCCUAACCACUACACAACAUUAAAGUAAUUCUCCUAACUACCACACAACAUUAAGGUCAGUUCUAACUACCACACACCAUCCAGGUUAGUUCUAACUACCACACCACAUUAAGGUCAGUUCUAACUACCACACCACAUUAAGGUCAGUUCUAACUACCACACAACAUUAAGGUCAGUUCUAACUACCACACAGCAUUAAGGUCAGUUCUAAGUACCACACAACAUUAAGGUCAGUUCUAACUACCACACAACAUUAAGGUCAGUUCUAACUACCACACAACAUUAAGGUCAGUUCCAACUACCACACAACAUCCAGGUCAGUUCUAACUACCACACAACAUCCAGGUCAGUUCUAACUACCACACAACAUCCAGGUCAGUUCUAACUACCACACAACAUCCAGGUCAGUUCUAACUACCACACAACAUUAAGGUCAGUUCUAACUACCACACAACAUUAAGGUCAGUUUUAACUACCACACAACAUUAAGGUCAGUUCUAACUACCACACAACAUUAAGGUCAGUUCUAACUACCACACAACAUUAAGGUCAGUUUUAACUACCACACAAUAUUAAGGUCCGUUUUAAGUACCAUACAACAUUUAGGUCAGAUCUAACUACCACACAACAUCCAGGUCAGUAUCCUAACUACUACAUAACAUAAAGACACAGGUACGCUAAUAGGAGGGAAUGGAGAAACAAAAUAGAUAUAGUAUUCUUUAUAUCCACUAGAUGGCAGCAUAUGAAACAUUAUGAUAUUCCCUGGGACGAUCUCAAUUACAUUAUCCUCGCGUCCUCUCUCCUUGUCUCCUUCUCAAAACCCAUUGGAUGAAAAAGCCAGAGGCCCCACCCCUCUGACAUUCUCCAAUGAGUUUUGAGAAGGAGACGAGGAGAGAGGAGAGAGGAGAUAGUACGCGAGCAGUACGUUAAGAUCUUCCCCAUGGCCUUUUAUCAAUUAGAUUUGCUCAACUCCUGCAUCCUCUCUCCUCCGUCCUCUCUCGCCUCCUUUUGAAAAAGGUAAAAGUUAAUCAAGGAGAGUCGGCAAGAAGAGUGAACGUGGAUGGAAAUGUGCUUUCUUGAAAUGAGACAGUCCUUCUCCACUCGCACGUCACUCGGCCAAAUUAAGUUCACAGGGGUGGAUCCCAAAAUAAAUGUUUAAAGUGAUCAAAAAAAUAACGUUAUUUUUGCACCGAAUAUUAUAGAUAAAAUAAUAAGUAGCGUAUUCUUUUUAAUGAGUCCAUCCUCCUAAAGCCCCUCCCACCAGCCUCCUCUGAGUUAGAGAAAGUUUUAUUAACGCAAUAAUGGAGGAUAUUCCCAUGCACUGUCAAUCACUUAGCAUUGUCUUUGAUAUGAAGAACUGAAACAUAUUUAUCUCCGCAGCAUAACACACUUCUAAUGGGUCCAAGUACAAUAAUUCAUAAUGUACAAUAAUUGCCCUAAAUAUGCCAAUUUUCCUAUCUGAGUUUCUGGGUAUGCUAUUUAAGUAUGCAUUCUUUUCAACAUUGUUUAUACUCUGAAGAACUGUGACUAAAGACAUGGAGUGCCACAGUAGCAGCUGUCUCUCUCCACAUCGCCUCUAUAUUUAGUAUUAGAGGAAACAGAUGAGGAAGUUGUUAGGAGCUGGUGUUGAGGGAUGCUGCCCAGUACUUUGAUGAUGAUACUACUGUAAUUAGCAGAUGAGAAAUGAACAUCUAAGGAAAUCAAGUGUCUCAUUGACUACUGGGACAAGGCAGCUAAUUAUUCUAGCUACCACUAUCUUAGCAAUUAAGACGUCAAGACGUCACCUUGCUUUGGAGGACGCUUAUUUGAACAUUAAUCAUCUCUUUGGAGUUAAAAACAGAUUGGACGAGCUACCCUCAUCCUGAACACUUUAUACUGAUAGAGUAAAUAGCAGGGGGCCAAAGAAUUGGAGGCACUUUUUUCUGUGCAUAGCUUCUAAUCUAUAAUAUGAAGCUGUGCAGUCAGUCUUGGAGGUCUUCUCAUUGUGUUCCCUUUUGUCUAACGAGACCUGGGUGUCAGCAGUCAUUUCUCUGUUCUGUUUGUCUCCUCUUUCCGACCCUCAGUUUCAUCGGUCACUCUCUGGGGAACGUGAUCAUCCGGUCGGUGCUGACGAGGCCUCGGUUCCGCUGCUACCUGAUCAAACUGCACACCUUCCUGUCUCUGUCCGGACCACACCUGGGAACGCUGUACAGCAACAGCACGCUGGUCAGCACAGGUGAGGUGGGGAGGGAGGGGUCAGUAUACUUACCUACUUUCUUGGACCUUUGAAAUCCUUGCAAAAAACAGGCCAUGGAGAGUAGAAACAGCUCAUUGCAGAUAUAUACUGUAUUACUGCAAGGAGUGUUUCUGAUUCUGGUUUUGACUCUUACCAUUCUGUGUAGUAAUUGUAUUCAGCUCUGCUCUGUCCUGCUCCCACUGUUGAGUCUUCAAAGGGGGAAGUGUAUGUCUGUAAUUCAUAGGAUUGUUACAGGACUGUGGCUGAUGUCAGUGUUGUUUUAGGUCUAUGGCUGAUGUCUGUGGUUGUUUUAGGUCUGUGGCUGAUGCAGAAGCUGAAGAAAUCCGGAUCGUUGCUGCAGCUCACCUGCAGAGAUCAUACCGAUCCUCGGAAAACCUUCCUCUAUCUUCUCAGCCAGAAACCAGGUAGGUACUGCUAUAAUGGAUGACGAACUAUACUGUAGGAGCACAAUAUUUAAAUAUUCAUAAAAACUUUGAUCGUCUUUUUUUCUUCUCUCUCUUUUCCUCUCCAUAUGUCAUCUGGCUUACUCACAGACCCCCCCCCCCCUGUGUGUGAUGAACAAAGCAAAGACUCCAAGUAGAUAAGCCAGAAAAACACUUUUUUCUUCGAGCUUCGCCGGGCUGACAAAAUGAUCCAAACCCUGUCAUUUGAAACCCAGCAGUGCACUCCCUUAAAAGUACAGUGACAGGAGACACGAGAAAAGACACAGCUUUAUCAGUCGAGGGCUGUCGACGAUGAUGAUGACACCAAGUGAUACAUAAAUAUAACCUCUGUCUCUGUCUCUCUCUCCUCUCUCUAUCUCUAUCUCUCUCUCUCUCUCUGUCUGUCUCUCUCUGUCUCUCUCUAUCUCUAUCUCUGUCUCUCUCUAUCUCUAUCUCUCUCUCUCUCUGUCUCUGUCUCUGUCUCUGUCUCUCUCUCUGUCUCUGUCUCUGUCGCUCUCUCUCUCUGUCUCUCUCUCUCUCUGUCUGUCUCUCUCUGUCUCUGUCUCUGUCUCUCUCUCUCUCUCUGUCUCUGUCUCUGUCUCUGUCUCUGUCUCUGUCUCUGUUUCUGUUUCUGUCUGUCUCUCUCUCUCUCUCUCUCUCUCUCUCUCUCUCUCUCUCUCUCUCUCUGUCUCUCUCUCUCUCUGUCUCUCUCUCUCUGUCUCUCUGUCUCUCUGUCUCUCUGUCUCUCUCUCUCUCUCUCUCUCUCUCUCUCUCUCUCUCUCUCUCUCUCUCUCUCUCUCUCUCUCUCUCUCUCUCUCUCUCUCUCUCUCUCUCUCCCUCUCUCUGUCUAUGCCCUCUGUUUGUCUGGCUUCUCAGGGCUCCAGUUCUUCAAGAAUGUGGUGUUGGUGGCAUCGCCUCAGGACAGAUAUGUUCCCUUCCACUCUGCCAGGAUAGAGAUGUGCAGGACUGCACUCAAAGACAGGACCACAGGUUAGCACCACUCACUGCAGCUCCUAUGUUCUUAUUAUUCUCCACCAAAUGUAUCUAAGAAGCAUUUCAUCACAUACUGUACCUAUCUCUUUGUUGACGUGUCAAUGUGAUUGCGUAAAUACAGACAGCUUUUAUCGUUCCAUCAGAGACUGAACCCUAAAAUGUGUCUGUCUGUGUUUCCAUACUGUAGGUCUCUGUGUACACUAACCAACAUGUGCUUCUGUCUCCAUAUCCAAGGUCCAGUGUACACAGAGAUGAUCAACAACCUACUCCAGCCGUUGGUGGGGGCUAAAGACUGUUGUCUGAUUCGCCAGAAUGUGUUCCACGCCCUGCCCAACACCGCCAACACCCUGAUUGGCCGAGCCGCUCACAUCGCCGUGCUCGACUCUGAACUCUUCUUGGAGAAGUUCUUCCUGGUCGCAGGGCUCAACUACUUCAAAUAGAACUUCAAACUACUUAAAACAGUAUUUCAUUAAAGGGAUACUUCAGAAUUGUAUCUACAUCCCCAGAGUCAGAUUAACUUGUGGAUACCAUUUUAUGUCUCUGUGUGCAGUUUGAAGGACGUUGCUAACUAGCUUUGGCGCAAUUGUUAACUAGCGUUAGCGCAAUGACUGGAUGUCUAUGGUAACUGUUAGCAUGCUAGUAGAUACCAUAGACUUCCAGUCCUUGCGCUAACGCUAGUCAGCAUUGGCUCACGAAACUACCUCUAACUUCCUUCAUACUGGAUACAGAGACAUAAAAAUUGUAUCCAUGAGUUCAUCUGACUAUGGGGAAGUAGAUAAAGGGCUUCGUUGCCAAAAUCCCGAAGUAUCCCUUUAAAUAGAGGCUCAACUACUUCAAGUACGGGCUCAACUACUUAAAAAGGUAGAACCACUAUUUCAAAUAGAGCUGUAGCUAUAAAGAAACUGUGUAUAUAUAUAUAUAUAUAUAUAUAUAUAUGGCUUAGAGAGGCCCAAGGUCUAUAUGAAUAUCUCCUUGUUGUGGUUGACUGGAUAGGAGGAUUUGGUGAAAGAAAGGGGGUUGCACCAUGACUAUUUACAAUGUGUCUAUAUAUAUAUAUAUAUAUAUAUAUAUAUAUAUAUAUAUAUAUAUAUAAAAUAUGUUUACACCUGUUGUCAAAGAGGUGGUCAUAAACUCUAUACAAUCCAUCCAUAUUAACAGUUGUAUACAGUAUGUCAAGUGAAAUGACUGACGUGGCCCAUCAUGUGGCUCAUAUUGAUGUUGUGUAGGCCUUAUGAACACCCCUUCAUCCCAAAGUAUAGUAAAUGUAAUGUUCAUCCCAAAGCACUACCAAAUGAUAUUUAUCCUCAAGAGCAUUUCAUUUUGGUCAUGAAUCCUAACCUGAAAUGGCUAGUCUGAAUGAAUCACUGGAUAAAGGAUCUACUUGAAGGAUUACAUGUAUGAAAUUGUUAAAAACUAAGGAGAUAGUUGCUUGGAAUUGAACUUCUUGAUUGUACAUUUUAUAAUAGACAUGUUUCAAACUCUACAGAGAACUAUUGUAUAAAGUGCAACUGUAUCUUUUUACGAAAGGAAUUUAGAUAUAAUUUUAAAUAAUGUAUUUUUUAUUAGGUUAUAUCCAUACGUUCGUCAGAGUAUGACCAUUGUGUUGUGGAUUUUAUAUCAUACAAUUUCAACACAUAACAUGAAGGCCAAAUCAAGAGGUUAACCCUCUCUGCAGUAUACAGUGUGAUAUAUAAAAUGCAAGAAAAAGGUGUUCUAUAUAUUUCUUGUAUAAGUUGAUAUAUAUUACAUAUCUAAAAAGUGUGUGUUUGUUGAAAGAAUUGAUGUAUGUCAAUCAAACUGCUGAGUUGAGUUGAACGCUUAUCAACCAUAUAAUGCCUUUGUGUUCUUUAAAAUAAGGUAUAUCCCAACCUCCUCCAUAAGGUAUAAUUUACCUUCUACCAACUGUAUUGAUCCUAUUAAGAUAUGAGUAUUACUAUACUGAGAUAUGAGUAUUACUAUACUGAGAUUGAGUAUUACUAUACUGAGAUAUGAGUAUUACUAUACUGAGAUAUGAUUAUUACUAUACUGAGAUAUGAGUAUUACUACACUGAGAUAUGAGUAUUGCUAUACUGAUAUAUGAGUAUUGCUAUACUGAGAUAUGAGUAUUACUAUACUGAGAUAUGAGUACUAUACUGAGAUGUGAGUGUUACUAUGCUGAGAUAUGAGUAUACAAUACUGAGAUAUGAGUACUAUACUGAGAUAUGAGUGUUACUAUGCUGAGAUAUGAGUAUUACUUUACUGAGUCCAUUGUGUAAUUAUCUGGGUUGAUUAAGAUUUUAAAUAUCAUAGAAUCAUGAAAUUUCCUUUGGAAAUUACCAUAGAUUUUUACAAACGAUUUCUCAUACUAUAUGUGCGUUGCUUUUAGAGUUCUAUUUUGUAUGCAUUGAUCGAACCUUUCAUGUCGCUACCUUGUCUAUGACAGGAACAGUAUAAUAAGGAAGGUGUCACCUUCCUGCAUCUGAGUACAGUGUCUCUACUAUAGGCACUGACUAGUAGGCACUGUGCUUCUGUCCAUCAAGAUCAAAUAAUGUUUACAUUUGUAUAUUUACAGAGAUGUUGUCAUGGUAUCACUUGGAGGUGACUGAAUGUGCAUCUAUGGAGGUCAUGUACCGAUACAGACCUGUAUUUAUUCUUUGUACUGGUUUGACGGACAAGUGCACUUUAUGGUGGACGUUACAGCAAGUAGGCCUAUAGUACCACUUGCUUUACGAAGUCCAUGCACUCCAACAUUAUCCUUCAUGCAUGGAUGCUUUACAUGAUAUUGUACAUACUCCAUUCUCCGCUCACAAGUUAACUUUGAAGGAUGUGUCCAUGCAGCUAGCACCAAGCGACAAAGCUUGACCUUACUCAUCUCCUAUUGUAAUGUCCCAUCUCCUAGUCUUCUGUUGUCACUGUCAUUAAGCCCUGUCGUAGUGUCCUUGCAGUACAAAAGGUGACAUCUCCAAGUGGUCUUUUUCUUAAGUUGAGCUCCUGCGGCUGCUCUGUUUGCUGCAGCGCUGCCUGGUAAGCAGAGUGUCACUGUGAUUGACUUUAAUUAAAUGGCUCCCGUUAGGACACACGCAUGCACGCACGCCACACACACACACACACACACACACACACACCAAUAGAAAAGGGGCUAGGUUGUUCGCGUUAGGAUGAUGAGGGGAUGGCUGGUUGUGAAACCUCUACAGUAGCUGUGUCAGCAGUCUGGUAGAGCUAGCAGGCUUCAUGCAUAAUUUCCUUCUGACAUCCCUCUUGCCUGUUUGCUUUUACCCUUAAAGGGCCAUGAUCUGUUUGUCUGUUUGCCCAAAGGUUCACAUUGUUCGUGAAGUAAAGGUUUGAGUUUUCAUUCUCUCCAAGGGCAAGGGCAUGUGUGGAUUGGGAUUUUGAUAUUCAUGCUUUAUAGGUUGUGUGGUUUAAUUUAUUGAUAUUUCAUAAUAGUUUUUUUGUGUGUUUCUGUGUUUUCCUGAAGGUACAUCAUACCUGUAGGCCUAUACGUCUUUAUACUCAACAUACAGCUCUAUUCAAUGGAUUUUGAUCAUUAUGUUUCUUUGGUCAAACAAAACAUUCUGAAGGGAAAAUCCUUGCCUGCUUUCACACAGUCAGACAGGUCUGCUGUUCUGGUGCUGUUAUGAAGAGAUGAACACUUUCCAUUUCAAAUUAUUGUAACUUUAUUUAAACAGGGUUAUUUUUCUUACUUUCAUCUUCACCCCUACAGUAGAUAUGACUUAUCUCUGUCAGCAUAACAACCCCUGAUAUGGUUGACUUACCGUUUUGUAUUUUAUUUGAUUAUUAUUUAUCGUUGUGAGAGUGAAUACUUAUUUGUUACACUGUGUGUGUCACAGGCUGGCUGGUGGCACCUUAAUUGGGGAGGACGGCUCAUAGUAAUGGCUGGAAUGGAAUAAAUGGAACGGGAUCGAACACCAUUCUGUUCACUCCAUUCCUGCCAUUAUUAGGCAGCCUCCUGUGGUCUGUGUGUGCUUCUGUAUAAAAUGCUCUAAGGGGAAAGGGAAAGGGGGAUACCUAGUCAGUUGUACAACUGAAUGCAUUCAACUGAAAUGUGUCUUCCGCAUUUAACCCAACCCCUCUGCAGCUUUGUGUCAUGUUUGUGUAGUGAGUUUAUUUCAAUGGUGUUAUCAUUGUCUGUCUGCUGAGGAUUGUGCUUUAAUAUGACACAUUUCCAGCUGUUUGGUGUGAAUGUACCAACAAACAAAACAACAUUUGACUUGUACCAUUGUAUUUAUUUAUUUAAUCAAGUAUUUUCUUUUUGCUAACAAUAUAAUAGAACUUCAUCUGUGCCAAUAAUAGUAAUCUAAUAUUUUUCUAUGUUUGCUUACUGGAUGUGUUCCUUAGUAGCUUGUGCCCAUGUAAAAAUAUACAUACAUAUAUUACAGAACAUAUAAACAAUAUCAACAUAAUAAAAAAGUAUGUUUCUUUAUGCAAUUGUGCGGUUUGCCCUUGUUCUCAAUUAAAGAAACUCAUUGUACUGCAAUAUUGCUGUAUUAAGCUUAGUGCAGGUGAAAACAAAGGCCUAUACAGUGGGGAAAAAAUGUAUUUAGUCAGCCACCAAUUGUGCAAGUUCUCCCACUUAAAAAGAUGAGAGAGGCCUGUAAUUUUCAUCAUAGGUACACGUCAACUAUGACAGACAAAUUGAGAAAAAAAUCCAGAAAAUCACAUUGUAGGAUUUUUAAUGAAUUUAUUUGCAAAUUAUGGUGGAAAAUAAGUAUUUGGUCACCUACAAACAAGCAAGAUUUCUGGCUCUCACAGACCUGUAACUUCUUCUUUAAGAGGCACCUCUGUCCUCCACUCGUUACCUGUAUUAAUGGCACCUGUUUUAACUUGUUAUCAGUAUAAAAGACACCUGUCCACAACCUCAAACAGUCACACUCCAAACUCCACUAUGGCCAAGACCAAAGAGCUGUCAAAGGACACCAGAAACAAAAUUGUAGACCUGCACCAGGCUGGGAAGACUGAAUCUGCAAUAGGUAAGCAGCUUGGUUUGAAGAAAUCAACUGUGGGAGCAAUUAUUAGGAAAUGAAGACAUACAAGACCACUGAUAAUCUCCCUCGAUCUGGGGCUCCAUGCAAGAUCUCACCCUGUGGGGUCAAAAUGAUCACAAGAACGGUGAGCAAAAAUCCCAGAACCACAUGGGGGGACAUAGUGAAUGACCUGCAGAGAGCUGGGACCAAAGUAACAAAGCCUACCAUCAGUAACACACUACGCCGCCAGGGACUCAAAUCCUGCAGUGCCAGACGUGUCCCCCUGCUUAAGCCAGUACAUGUCCAGGCCCGUCUGAAGUUUGCUAGAGUGCAUUUGGAUGAUCCAGAAGAGGAUUGGGAGAAUGUCAUAUGGUCAGAUGAAACCAAAAUAGAACUUGUUGGUAAAAACUCAACUCGUCGUGUUUGGAGGACAAAGAAUGCUGAGUUGCAUCCAAAGAACACCAUACCUACUGUGAAGCAUGGGGGUGAAAACAUCAUGCUUUGGGGCUGUUUUUCUGCAAAGGGACCAGGACGACUGAUCCGUGUAAAGGAAAGAAUGAAUGGGGCCAUGUAUCGUGAGAUUUUGAGUGAAAACCUCCUUCCAUCAGCAAGGGCAUUGAAGAUGAAACGUGGCUGGGUCUUUCAGCAUGGCAAUGAUCCCAAACACACCGCCCGGGCAACGAAGGAGUGGCUUCGUAAGAAGCAUUUCAAGGUCCUGGAGUGGCCUAGCCAGUCUCCAGAUCUCAACCCCAUAGAAAAUCUUUGGAGGGAGUUGAAAGUCUGUGUUACCCAGCGACAGCCCCAAAACAUCACUGCUCUAGAGGAGAUCUGCAUGGAGGAAUGGGCCAAAAUACCAGCAACAGUGUGUGAAAACCUUGUGAAGACUUACAGAAAACGUUUGACUUGUGUCAUUGCCAACAAAGGGUAUAUAACAAAGUAUUGAGAAACUUUUGUUAUUGACCAAAUACUUAUUUUCCACCAUAAUUUGCAAAUAAAUUCAUUAAAAAUCCUACAAUGUGAUUUUCUGGGAAAAAAAUUCUCAUUUUGUCUGUCAUAGUUGACGUGUACCUAUGAUGAAAAUUACAGGCCUCUCUCAUCUUUUUAAGUGGGAGAACUUGCACAAUUGGUGGCUGACUAAAUACUUUUAUUCCCCACUGUAACAUAUGGUUGUUCCAUAUAAGAGGACUGUAUCCCGCCAAAUAUUCCUUAACUGAACCCUCUGAAAACUAAGCAUUUUCUGUGUGAUAUUUACAGCCCUAACCCAUACAUAAACAAAUGGUGAUCUCACUAUUAUCUUACUAAUAUCAGUUCCGCUAGGAAAAACAGUACAAUAUAACACAAGAUAAAAUACUAUAACAUAGAGAACUAGGGAUAGUGCAGUGUUUCCCAAACUCGGUCCUCGGAGUGCAUGUUUUGGUUUUUGCCCUAACACUACACUACACUAUUCAAACAAUCAACUAAUCAUCAAGCUUUGAUUAUUUGAAUCAGCUGUGUAGUGUUAGGGCAAAACCAAAACAUGCACCCCUUGGGGUCCCGAGGACCGAGUUCGGGAAACACUGGGAUAGUAGUAACACAUUCCACCAUUCUCCAGUCGAGGGCAAACAUCUGGUCGCUAAGUUGGUAAGUGCAGGUAGCCUUACAGAGAGCUGAACAUGUCUAAUAGAUUUGGCUCAAAGUGCAUGAAAGUCAUUCCACCUGCUCAGUGAGGCUGCGACUGAUUGGUCCUGUACCGUCCACCUGGCCAGGUCUGUACAAAUCACUGUACAGAGGGACAAUGUUCUGCACCACUGCACAGAGUGAAAAUCUCUCACACUCUUCUCUCUCUCUCUCUCUCUCUCUCUCUCUCUCUCUCUCUCUCUCUCUCUCUCUCUCUCUCUCUCUCUCUCUCUCUCUCUCUCUCUCUCUCUCUCUCUCUCUCUGUUGUCUCUCUCUCUCUCUCCAUCUCACAAUUGCCUGGGACAAUUACUGACCACACAAAAUGACAAUGGAAUCAAUUUCUCAUUUUCAUCCCAAAGCAUUGAAAAUUGGUCUCUCUGUUCACAGGUUAUAGGUGGGAUGGGCGCAGUGGUCUAAGGCACUGCAUCUCAGUGCUUGAGGCGUCACUACAGACCCCCUGGCUCGAUUCCAGGCUGUAUCACAACCGGCCGUGAUUGGGAGUCCCAUAGGGCGGCGCACAAUUGGCCCAGCGUCGUCCGGGUUUGGCCGGUGUAGGCCGUCAUUGUAAAUAAGAACUUGUUCUUAACUGACUUGCCAAGUUAAAUAAAGGUAAAAUAAAAAGAAAUAAAAAAUGUGUCAGAACAUAAAAACUGAAAAAGAUCAUACAAAGAAGCACCAGCUGUACUGUAGAUAGAUGUGUCAAAUCCACUAGAAACAAGCAGAAAGUAAUGAGUAUCUGUCAUAUUAAAUCAUUUAUUCAUGAGGUUUAUUGAACAUUAAAAUUAUGGGUUGGAGUGCCAGCCACCACACCACUACUAUCAACAUGUACAGUUGAAGUCGGAAGUUUACAUACACUUAGGUUGGAGUCAUUAAAACUCGUUUUUCAACCACUCCACAAAUUUCUUGUUAACAAACUAGAGUUUUGCAAGUCAGUUAGGACAUCUACUUUGUGCAUGACACAAGUAAUUUUUCCAACAAUUGUUUACAGACAGAUUAUUUCACUUAUAAUUCACUGUAUCACAAUUCCAGUGGGUCAGAAGUUUACAUACACUAAGUUGACUGUGCCUUUAAACAGCUUGGAAAAUUCCAGAAAAUGAUGUCAUGGCUUUAGAAGCUUCUGAUAGGCUAAUUGACAUAAUUUGAGUCAAUUGGAGGGGUACCUGUGGAUGUAUUUCAAGGCCUACCUUCAAACUCAGUGCCUCUUUGCUUGACAUCAUGGGAAAAUCAAAAGAAAUCAGCCAAGACCUCAGAAAAAAAAUGGUGGGCCUCCACAAGUCUGGUUCAUCCAGCAAUUUCCAAACGCCUGAAGGUACCACGUUCAUCUGUACAAACAAUAGUACGCAAGUAUAAACACCAUGGGACCACGCAGCCAUAAUACCACUCAGGAAGGAGACGCGUUCUGUCUCCUAGAGAUUAACGUACUUUGGUGCGAAAAGUGCAAAUCAAUCCCAGAACAACAGCAAAGGACCUUGUGAAGAUGCUGGAGGAAACAGGUACAAAAGUAUCUAUAUCCACAGUAAAAUGAGUCCUAUAUCGACAUAACCUGAAAGGCCACUCAGCAAGGAAGAAGCCACUGCUCCAAAACCGCCAUAAAAAAGCCAGACUACGGUUUGCAACUGCACAUGGGGACAAAGAUCGUACUUUUUGGGGAAAUGUCCUCUGGUCUGAUGAAACAAAAAUAGAACUGUUUGGCCAUAAUGACCAUCAUUAUGUUUGGAGGAAAAAGGGGGUUCUUGUAAGCCGAAGAACACCAUCCCAACCGUGAAGCACGGGGGUGCCAGCAUCAUGCUGUGGGGGUGCUUUGCUGCAGGAGGGACUGGUGCACUUCACAAAAUAGAUGGCAUCAUGAGGAAGGAACAUUAUGUGGAUAUACUGAAUCAACAUCUCAAGACAUCAGUCAGGAAGUUAAAGCUUUGUCGCAAAUUGGUCUUCCAAAUGGACAAUGACCCCAAGCAUACUUCCAAAGUUGUGGCUAAAUGGCUUAAGGACAACAAAGUCAAGGUACUGGAAUGGCCAUCACAAAGCCCUGACCUCAAUCAUAUAGAACAUUUGUGGGCAGAACUGAAAAUGUGUGUGCGAGCAAGGAGGCCUACAAACCUGACUCAGUUACACCUGCUCUGUCAGGAGGAAUGGGCCAAAAUUCACCCAACUUAUUGUGGGAAGCUUGUGGAAGGCUACCCGAAACGUUUGACCCAAGUUAAACAAUUUAAAGGCAACGCUACCAAAUACUAAUUGAGUGUAUGCAAACUUCUGACCCACUGGGAAUGUGCUGAAAGAAAUAAAAGCUGAAAUAAAUCAUUCUCUCUACUAUUAUUCUGACAUUUCACAUUCUUAAAAUAAAGUGGUGAUCCUAACUGACCUAAGACAGGACAUUUUUACUAGGAUUAAAUGUCAGGAAUUGUGAAAAACUGAGUUUAAAUGUAUUUGGCUAAGGUGUAUGUAAACUUCAGACUUCAACUGUAUGUAUGAAUAUAAUGAUUUUUUUCAAACCAUUGACAUUGUUAUGGACAACCUAGGUGGUAUUUUCUAGCCUUGGUGCCAGUCUGUUUCUGCUCUCUUGCUAACUCCUUAUGGAAUUGUCUUGCCAAAUGUUUAGCUUAACAAUGACAUUGACAAUGGUCAAAAGCACAAACAGAUCUGGGACCAGGCUAGGUAUUUUCUAAGCUACAGUACAAUAUACAGUAUUUCUGUUGAUGAAAAAUGAUCUCUGCAUCUAAUGGUUACAGAGUUGGUGGUUGUACUGGUUUCUACUGGUUACAGAGCUGGUGGUUCUACUGGUUUCUACUGGUUACAGAGUUGGUGGUUCUACUGGUUUCUACUGGUUACAGAGUUGGUGGUUCUACUGGUUUCUACUAGUUACAGAGUUGGUGGUUCUACUGGUUUCUACUAGUUACAGAGUUGGUGGUUCUACUGGUUUCUACUAGUUACAGAGCUGGUGGUUCUACUGGUUUCUACUAGUUACAGAGCUGGUGGUUCUACUGGUUUCUACUGGUUACAUAGCUGGUGGUUCUACUGGUUUCUACUAGUUACAGAGCUGGUGGUUCUACUGGUUUCUACUAGUUACAGAGCUGGUGGUUCUGCUGGUUUCUACUGGUUACAUAGCUGGUGGUUCUACUGGUUUCUACUAGUUACAGAGCUGGUGGUUCUACUGGUGUCUACUAGUUACAGGGCUGUUCUUCACGUGGUGUGGGUAUCUACCGUGAACCUAUAGUGUGGUCUCUGCUGAAGUUAUGACCUGGAGGGGUAAUGGAUAGUUAUUUAUGCGCAUAUGGUGUUCAGUUCACCACCAUAUAAAGAAUAAACUGUUGAUAGAUGGUCUUGUGUGGCCUAUGCACCACCUCACAAUUAACAGUUAUACUGUACAUGUUAUAGAGCAAUGUUUGGGAAGCUUCUCUGAAAAUAUAGUUUAUCAAGCUACCAAUUAUUUCACACUGGAAAAAUUUGAACUACACUAAAUCUACCCUUAAGAAACAGAGUUUGUUUAACUAAAGUUACAUUGAAAAAGUAGUACACUGAUCAAAACGACCUCUUCUGAAUCAGAUGUUUUGUAUUUGUGUUUUUAUUUAUUAAGGAUCCACAUUAGUUCCUGCCAAGGCAGCAGCUACUCUUCCUAGGGUCCAGCAACAUUAAGGCAGUUAUAUCCAAUUUAAAAUAUUCCAUGACAUUACAUUUCAUAACACUUUUCAUAACACAUUAAGUAUGUUCCCUCAGGCCACUACUCUACUAUCACAUAGAUAUAAUACAAAAUCCAUGUGUACGUGUGUGUAGAGUGAGUAUCUUAUCAUGUGUAUGUGUGUCUGUGCCUGUGUGUGUGUCUCUUCACAGUCCCGCUGUUCCAUAAGGUGUAUUUUUAUGUUUUUUUAAAUCUGAUUCUACUGCUUGCAUCAGUUACCUGAUGUGGAAUAGGGUUUGUAUUUUGUAUUUGUAUUUGUAUUUAUUAUGGAUCCCCUACUCUUCCUGGGGUCCAGCAAAUUAAGGCAGUUUAUACAAUUUUAAAAACAUUACAAUACAUUCUGGACUUGGGGAUAAUAUAGCAGGGGGUGUAAAGCCAUAACACAUACAUUUUUCCAUCAGCAGACUAUGAUUGAUAAAUUCAAAAACCGCACUGAAGUCUAACAAAACAGCUCCCACAAUCCUUUUAUCAUCAAUUUCUCUCAGCUAAUCAUCAGUAAUUUGUGUAAGUGCUGUGCUUGUUGAAUGUCCUUCCCUAUAAGCGUGCUGAAAGUCUGUUGUCAAUUUGUUUACAGUAAAAUAGCACUGUAUCUGGUCAAACACAAUUUUUUCCAAAUGUUUACUAAAGGUUGGUAACAGGCUGAUUGGUCGGCUAUUUGAGCCAGUAAAGGGGGCUUUACUAUUCUUGGGUAGCGGAAUGACUUUUGCUUCCCUCCAGGCCUGAGGGCACACACUAUCUAGUAGGCUUAGAUUGAAGAUAUGGCAAAUAGGAGUGGCAAUAUCGUCCGCUAUUAGCCUCAGUAAUUUUCCAUCCAAGUUGUCAGACCCCGGUGGCUUGUCAUUGUUGAUAGACAACAAUCAUUUUUUAUUUUCACCUCUUCCACACUCACUUUACGGAAUUCAAAAUGACAAUGCUUGUCUUUCAUAAUUUGAUCAGUUAUACUUGGAUGUGUAGUGUCAGCGUUUGUUGCUGGCAUGUCAUGCCUAAAUUUGCUAAUCUUGCCAAUGAAAAAUAAGUGUAGUGAGAUCUUUGUGACAGCCAUAAGUGAGUGCAUUGGGUUAGCCCAGUGGUCAGGGAGAGAAUAAAAUAGGGCAUAGUUAUUUUGCUAAUAAUUUUAUGUUUUUAUUUUUUUGCAAAACAUUUUUAUGGUUAGUUCCAGUAGUUAGCUACACCAUUACAUGGCAAAAAAAAACUAAUUAACUACUGAAAACACUUGACUAUACUCCAGAAAUGCAGUUAAAUUACUAGUUGAAUUACAUGUAGUGGAACUACUCACCAACACUGUUGUAGAGUUCAGUAUGGCUUGAUCAGAUCCCCUUAAAUCAAAGCCAUGAUAAUCUCAUCAAAUUAAAGCCCUUGCAGUACUCAGAUGCCAGUUACAAAACUUCUUCAUAGACGUUUGAACAGUUUAUGCUAUCUCAGUUUUUUAAAGCUUUUUUUUCAGCAUCUGCUCUCUCAGUUCCACUAACAUACUUAACCCUGGUGGCAUUAUGGUUAAACACAAAGACAUUAUCAUCCAAAGAUAUACACUUACUGACACAACGACAUAGGCCUACUACUGUAGGCCUACACAAAGGCAUCCAUUCCAUUUACCAAUCAAAUUGUCCAUAUCUGUUAUAAUCAGACUCUCCAAAAGAUGGCACUACCCCCCUCUAUUCCUGUUGUUUAGAAGAUUUGUUUAGAAGGUUGUAACACAGCAUGAAAGGCAGCUUGAAAUUACUUUGAGUUCAGUUUAUUGUGGCAUUUUAUCAACGGCUGUGUGAUUGAAUUAAGUCACUCACCUUAUUCUUAGACGGAUGGUAAUCUAUUGCUGGAUACAUUUGUGAUAAAACAGACUAUUUUUCAUCAUCAUCUUUAGUCAAUGUGCACAUGGACUCUGGUGGAAUUAUAAAGAAUAUCUAUUGGAGUCUUAGCAGGUUUGUCUGUAGGAUGUGAAGUGAUCUAUAGGUCAGAGACGCUUAAUGAGAGGUGAGGAGACUCACAAACAGACAGACGGCAGAGGUACAGGCCAAAGUAUUGAUCCAGUGGUAUUUAACAUUUCAUGUAAAAUCCUCACUGGUGCUUCUGUGCCAGGGUGCUUCCAUCUAGAGGUCUGCACGGGACCGAUUUCUUCAUCACGCUCCUACGUGCGGAUCCGCAUCAUUUCAUGUCGUACGGCUUUCUGUCUGAAUCCCACCCGCUACCGCAAGAACUGGUCCCAAACCCAACCGCAGUGCCGCAAUGUUAUUUUUAGGCAUAUGUGAGGCAGCUCACUUGCCAGCCAUGGUCCCAGCAAUUUUGCGCCCUAUAGGCAAUAUCAAAUGCGCAAAAUUAACUUAAGAAAUAGGUUAAAUUACCUAAGAUUCUCACAUUGCCCAUUAUAUUAGACUAUCUGUAUUACUGGGACAUAAAAGACUGUGAAAAAACACCAGCAAAUCAGCUCCAAGUGAUUUUAAUUUAGGAAAUCUUUUCCAAAGUAUUCCAACUCAUAAUAGAGAGAUAUAUGUGAUCUAUACAAACGUAAGCAAGGUUUGAAAUUAUAAUGUUUUAGUCAAAUAUUAUAUAGGUUUGGGCUACUUGUGGUCAAUUUGCAGUCUACAAAUUAUUUGUAAUUAUGUUCCGGCUCCCUGACCAUCCACUUAAAAUCUGCCCGCGGCUCUCCGCCCAUGUAGGCGGACUACUCUAUUUCAAUGAGACCACUCAUACUUGGCGCACUUGAACUCACACGCUCAACUAGGAAAGAGGCUACUGAAGUUGAAGCAGCAAAUUCUGAGUGUGUGAAUAAUGCGAAAAAUAUGUGCUUUUAAUACAAUAGGUAGGCUAACGCAUACAAAGCAGAAAGACAACCGUUUCCAAAUAAUCUGCGGGACAACAAAAAUAUUUUCAUCCCAAAGUCGUCUGUCUGACCGCCUGCUCUCGCCCGCAGCAUGAAAAAUGCAGACCUCGCCGCAAUGAUCUCUGUCGGGACCUUCAGGUCCCGCGGGCAUUCCGCGGAAUGCAGCCCUCUACUUCCAUCCUUCCCAUCGAAACAACAGAGAACAAACGUGAUCCUCAACAGGGCUCCAUAAGCCAUGAGCCUCGCAAAGCCUGUUACAGACAAAUAGUGAACGCUUGUUUUGACCACAACAACAAUAGCAGCUCCCUUCCUCCUUUCUUGUCAAGGUUAUGAGCUUCUGCAAGACCCUGUAAUAUAGAGAAGUAACAUCCUGGCUUCGUGAACGAUUCUGUCAACACCCACCAAUUGGUGGAGAAUGCUCCUGGAUACAUCCAGAUCAUUCUGCUUGGUGGAGGGGCGGAUAUUGUUGAUGCAGAGGUCAAUGUGUUCUGAACCCAGACACAAACAUCUAUAGAGAGAUGUAUAAGGAGAGAGAGAGAGAGAGAGAGAUGUACAGAUGUAGGAUCUUAAUUUGACCUAUAUUGUCACAGCAAAAUAAUCCUGCAGCAACAGGAUUUGAACGUUUAGUCAAUAAUGUUGCUUGAGCGAUAGUUAGGCUAUCAGCUGGCCAAAAAUGAAAAGUGCAAUACUGUUAAUAUAACUGUGUCCUAGUGUGGGUUUUCAGUGAAUUUAUGUAAACCACAAAGCUCAUCUGAAAAUUCUAAGCAACAAAAGAGGGAUCAAAUUAAGAUCCUACACCUGUAGACAGAGAUAACGGGAGACAGAUGGGUGGGCAGUGGUAUGGCGGGCAAGGGGAGACUGGAAUAAGACUUCCAAAAGUGCCCUUAAUAUUGCACUCCGAAAAAGUUCCAUCCUAAAGCUGACAGCCUGGCUGAAGACGUCCCUACUACACAUACAUGCAUCUUCAGCUUCUACUUUUCUUAUUGAUAAGAAAUCAGUCAUUCAUUCCUGUCAGUUACUCAAGUAAAGCAUUCUCUAUUACUGUGAAUGGCUCAGUAAUAGUCACAUGUCUAUGCAUCACCAUAACCGCAUGACAUUAUCAAUGACAGUAAAACAACAUGACCUCAGUCACCACAGUGACUCUGACCACAGUGAUUCUACAGUCAAUCUUUAGUGCUCUCUGCAUUGUUAAUGAUGUCCUGUCUACUCUUCAAUAUGAACUCACCCAUAGUCACAAUAUGUGUCAUCCUAUUCUCUGUAACAUAAGUUAAAUAUCAUGUGGCUGUCCAUGGUACUGAUUCCGCUGUGUGUGUGUGUGUGUGUGUGUGUGUGUGUGUGUGCGUAUGCGUGUGCAUGCCUGCUUGCAUGCGUUUGAGUGCGUAAGUAGAAAAAACAUGCUGACUCACCCUACUUGUAGAGAAACGCCAAUGCCGUCCUCCUCUCUUUCAUGUUGACGAAACGGUCUAUGAAUCUGUCAAACAGUACAUGCUUUUAGUUUUUGUUAUCCUAUGCUUCCUGGCUAAAACGCUUGCUCGCUAGCCUAACUUCCUUACAUGGGCAACAAUGAGCUAGCUAGUUAACAUUAGCCUACCACAUCUAGCUACAUAUUGGACUUCCAUCCUCUCAGGCCAGAGGCACAAUGUAUGAAUUUAUGAUUGGAUCAGAAUCACCAUUAUAAUCAUUGGCCAAUACAGAGAAUUAAGUAAAACCACAAGUCCAAAUCCCUUUCUCCAUCCAUGGCUAAUUAAGGAAAGUGCCAAUUUUAGCUAGCUAGCUAGCCACCAGAGGACAACAACACAACAAGAUGCAACAAUUCAAGUUUUUUUUGUGUCAAUGGGGUUUGGCUUUUGAUGUGAUUGGUGUGAAGCCAAAUCCAAAUUUCCAAAUGCUUCCCUUGACACUUUUUUUGGGGGUGACCCAGGAUCAUUCACAGUUGAGCUCCUCAGUUCAGCUCAACGCUGAUUGGCUGUUAUUGUAUCAUUUAUUUCAUAAAGGGAGACCAAAUGCUCGAUGGCUUCCCUUGCAUUCAAUGCUACGGGCAGCAACAAUAUCAUACUAUUUUUGACCAGACAGCAUCAGGGCUACACAUAAACAGACAGAGGGGCGCUGUUUUGCUCUCUUGGAUGCUUUCUCCGUUGAGAUUCAGUACAUUCAGCCUCUUCGGAAUUGAAGGAAAAUUAUGAAACACAGAGAGAUGAAAGAUAACAAUUAUUGCUUUAAAAAUAUAUAUAUUUUCAAUUUAUGGGGCAAGCCUGGCUUCCCUUGGCAUCCAUGAAUACACGCCACUGGAGUUCAGGUAUUGUUUUGAUUGUGACUCAGGUUUACUCCGUCAACAAAUGUCUCUCCAGCUCGUACUCUCCCUGUUCACUCAAACAUCCACAACAAAAAUACAAAUUUACUCCACUAUCACGUUGGGAUUGGCUAUAUACUGUAGUUUUCGACUUCGGAGAGAGGAACAACGGACAAUGACUAUCAACGAAACCAAUCUGAGACACCCUCUCCAAGGAUGACAACUUGAAUGUGGGACCUCCAAGGUUUACAGCUAUGCUUUUGGAACAUUUCAGACAUUCAAAAGAGAGUUUACCGUAGAUCCCCCUAGGAUCACUGUGCAGCAUUAGGUUUGAAUUUCUUAACCAUAGUUAGUGGAUGUAAAAAGAUAAAACUUUAAAUCUGGCAACCCAGUGGUUUUAAACAUGAAGUAAUCUGCUUUAAUCCUGGGAGAUCACAGCAUGCUAAAAAACACUAAUCCCACAUAAUGAUGACUGUACAUCACAAAGGUCCACUCUGUCAAGAGAACUACAGAAGGUAAAAGGAACGCACUGUGUGCGUGGGUGCAUCAAGUGUGUGCAUGUGAUCUUUGGAGAGAUUGGUAAGACAUUCAGUGCCUCUUUCUGUGGACCAGAUAUGUUGUAACAGCAGGGGAGAAAUUCUGUUUAGCUACACUUUUAGAAAAAGAACUACAAACAUCUAGAACCCAUAGGGGGACAGCCGAGGAACCCUUUUAGAUUGUAGAUGUUUUUAGUAUUUUUUCUAAACAGUAUUUCUCCCCUGCUGUAUUUACUAAAGAGACUUAGUUUGAUGUGAGAGUUUGAUGUGUUCUGAAUCCAGUUCCUUUUUAACUACAGAUUAACCUUCAUCCAUGCAGGAGGAUAUAUGGGGAUUAUCCACUCUGUGACAAGUGCAUAUGGUGUGCUUUUCAAACCCAUCAACAAUCCUACGGCGAACAUACUGUCCUUCAUAUUUUAGUUUAGCCAUACACGGAGGAACACUGAAAGAAGCAUUGAUUUCUCUCUGUUUACUUGUGUUUCUCCCAUAAAGAGGUGUCUAGGUCAUGUCGUGGUGUCUGGAGCAGGGGAAGCGGAGGGUAGUGAGGAAUGGUAG